UUGCAGUGGGCUUUGGUUUCAUUUUUUUAUUAUUAUUUUUUUUGCAUCAGUAUUUACCAUUGUUUUUUGUUUUGUUUUUUUGAAUCUGUAACUUUUGUUGUGGGUUUUUUUUUUUGCAUUGUUAACUUCUUUUUUUUUUUUUUGUAUCUGCACCAUUUCUUUUUAUUUGCAGUAGGCUUUGGUUUAUUUCUUUCUUUCUUUUUUUGCAUCAGUAACUUUCAUUGUGGUUUCUUAUUUUUUGCUUCCGUUGUGUUUUUUUCUGCAUUCUUUUUUAUUUGCAGCAGUGGCGGUUCUCGGCCACCGUACUAUUACAUAAAUCAAACAUUCAUCAUUUUGUCUGGUUUCCUCAUAUAUGAUAUCGCUUUCUCGACGAUACAAAGAUCUUUGCUGUCGUUGCGUGUGGUGAAUUCCUGAAAGAGUGGGCCUUCUUGUUUCAUAGACGAUCUCUGGAUGAAUCAGACAGCGUGCUUAACCGUGACCGAUAGAGAGAGAGAGAGAGAGAGAGAGAGAGAGAGAGAGGAAAAGGCGUUUCCACGUUUCAGCAGCAGCAGCAGCCGGUGACAGAGCAGCGGACAGCGGAGAAGCAAACGGACCGAGAGCGGAACCACGACCCUCCUCCUCCUCCUCUUACUUCUUUAUUUCCAGGCAUAUUUCUCUCUUCUCUCCUCUCCACACAAACACUGACUGACACCACCUCCUCCUCCUCCACCACCUCCUCCUCCUCCAGCCCGUGUGUCUCCUUCACGGCCGCGUCUCAAACUCGAACCCACCACCGCUGAACCGACCCCCCAAAAAACCGUCAAAGUGAACCGAACCGGGCGAGACCAGCGCGGUGGACUUUUUGGCUGUCUCUCCUCUCUGCAAACCGAGAUAAUUCCCCGACACAGAGUCCCUUUUCUGUGACAUCCAGAGGAGAUUAUCUUCCCGCAGACUCCCGCAUCUCUCCCUGUCUGUAGCUGACUCAUAUUCGCUGCGCUCAGGGUGAGUACAUCUCUCUUUUUCACUCUAUAUUUCUCUAUAUUUUCUUCUGGAAGGUGGAGUAUUUCUCUCACACAGUCUCCCCCCCGGGGUGUUGCUCAUUUAUCGGACCAUGCUGUGAGUGAGUCAGCCUCCUCCAUUCAUAGAUAUGGAUCAUUUCUCUCCUCGCAUACCGUUACACGACGGCUCGCCUGCUUCACAGUCUGCUUGUAAAAUGUGGUUUUCCGGCUUUAAGAGGCAAAAGUUGGAGAAAUGAGGCGUUCAAGUCCCCUGAAAGGACACUUUAUCUGGGAUUCGAACAAAAUGGAUUGAAAAAUAAUCACAUUUCUCCUCACUUUGCGUCUUAAAGUGAUGGACAAGCCACUCUUGGCACAGCUCAAUCCUAAAUGUCACCUCUGAAUGGUUAAGUGGGGGAAUUUCCAACUCUCAAGAGGGCAUUUAACACACCAUUGAUUAAACUAAUUGGAUUUGCUUUGGUGUCCCUGAAGGCAUUCAUGUUUACAGUCCUUUUCAUUACGUCCCACGUACUCCUACAGAGACUUGGAUUAGUGAUACUGCUGUACUGUAACUUUAUUUACAUCUUUAUUUUCCGCCGUGGGUUUGUUGUGAUGCAUUCACUGUACUCAAAAAGAUAACUCUUCCUCUGUUGGACGACAUUAUCAGGGGUGUUGUGCCUCCAAACUCACACAGCAUUCAGUCAGAGGAGAGAGGAGAUAAGAAACCAGCAGCAGCGACCACCUGUGACCAACCGGAUGGCUGUGUGUGUGUGUUUGUGUGAGGAUGUGUGUGUGUCUGAACGGAUGGGGAAGGGGUGUGUCUUUUAUGAAUGGGUCUAGCUGGUCUAGCUGAAGUUUGUGUGCAGCUGCAUGCAGGCAGGGGUGGGUGUGACCCGUGUUUCUCUUCCUAACAGCCCUGUCAUGUCUGCUCUCGAGCUCCUAUCAGUUUGAGUCUGAGAUUUUUGCAUAAAUAAUUACUAAAAUGACUCAAAGCUCCAUAUUUGCAUGUAUUUGAUUACAUCUAUCUACUGUAUCCUCGUCCUUUACAGUGCAGGACUGUCCUAAGCAGCGUGGCAACAGGCUGUUCACUUCCUGUUGUGUUACAUUCCAGUCAUAUCAUGACACAGUGUUCACAUUUUACAGACCGCUGACCAACCCCAGUACAGUCAAAUAAAAUCUAAAAAAGACCCAGUUUGAUUUUGUGGAAAUAGUCCUUUAAGUUUUAGGAGUAGCAUUUAUAAAACAGUGUGAUACAACGCUGAGUGAUACAGUAAAAUACAACAAUAAUAGAACAACUUUGUGUGUAACAUAACAUUAAGAAUGUUAAGAUCCAUAAUGUCUCGCUACAUUACUAGCGUAACAUUAGUUACAAUAUAUUUUUAAUGUUUCAUUAUGUUGAAUGACAUAAAAGUACGUUCACUUAUGCCAUAUGUCAUAUUAUAUUACAUUAUGGGCGUUACAAUUAUAGUUACUUGAUGUGUUUGGUUAUGUUAUGUUGCUUUUUGUUACGAUGCAUUUAGUUACAAAGCAAUACACUAAGAUGCGUUACGUUAAACGCAACAUUAAUUGCGUAACCUUAGUUAUGAUAUAUUUUUAAUGUUUUAUGACAUUGAAUGACAUAUAAGUACGUCCACUUAUGCCAUAUGUCAUAGUAUGUUACAAUAUGGGCGUUACAUCAUAGUAGUUACUUGAUGUUGUGUUCCGUUAUAUUGCUUUUUUUGUUAUGAUGCAUUUAGUCACAAACCAAUACACUACGAUGCGUUACGUUACAUAUUUUUAAUAUUAUUUAUGUGGCAUUACGUUUUGCGGUGUUAUGUUACGUUGCAUUAUGUAUGUUGCAUUUUUCAAGUUACAUGAUGUCAUAUUAAUUAUGUAAUCAUGCAUUUAGUUACAAAGCUGAUACUAUGAUGCAUUACAUUACACUAGCGCUACAUAUGUUGGGCCACAUUAUGUUGCGCUACGUUACAUUGCGUCAUGUGACGAUGCUUUAUGUUCUGAUGCAUUUAGUUACAAACCAAUAUAUUUUGGUAUUAGUUUCGUUGCAUUACGUUACAUUGCCCUAUGUUACAUUGCGUUAUGGUAUGAUGCUUUAUGUUUUGAUGUAUUUAGUUGCAAACCAAUAUUUUUUUAUAUUAGUAUUGUUGCAUUAUGUUGUGUUUGGUUGCAUUACAUUACUUUGCGUAGCGUGGAUUGCAUUGCGUUACCAUGCAUUUAAUUAUGGAGCAUUAUGUUGUGUGAUGUUACACAAGAUUAUACAUUACGUUACCCUACGUUACAUUGCCCUAAGUUACAUUGUGCUAUGUUACUAUGCUUUACGUUACGAUGCAUUUAGUUACAAACCAAUACAUUUUGGUAUUGCAUUAUAUUAGGCUACAUUGUGUUUGGUUGCAUUACAUUGCUUUGCGUAGCGUGGAUUGCUUUGCGUUACCAUUCAAUUAUGAUGCAUUAUGUCGUGUGAUGUUAUACAACACAAAUUGUUUGAUAAGAUGAAUACAACAGAAUUUAUUACAAUUUUGGUUUGAUUGAAUAAGAUACAGUUAGAUAUUAUAUUCAGAUAGGAUAGGAAACCAAACCAAUGCAAUAUGAUACAAUACACCAUGUAUGACAUGAUACAUCAUACAUGCAUGAUACCGAAUCUGUUUGACAUUACACAAAACAGCAUGAAGGGUGCUGUAUGAUACAACGAGGUAUGUUAUAGUCAGGUAUAACACAAUAUAUUGUGCUAUGAUAUCAUGAACAGUACACUUGAUAUAACCACAAAACGUCUAUGGAACCACAGGGAAGUGAGAUUAUGCCAAGGACAUGUUGAUUCACCAAAAGCGAGACAUUUUCCAUGAUACGGGGUUUAGUUACAGGUUUGAAUUUGAGGUGAUGUCAUGUCGUUGUGUCGGGUUGAUGUAACUGUACAAAUAAGUGUGUGUCUAUGUCUGUGUGUGUGCCUUGACUCAGCUUUUUGGGAGCCGGUCUCCUCUCCUCUCUGAUACAUAUUGAUCCGUCUUCUCGGACAGAAAGAAAACUGGGCAGCGCAGCAAAAAUGAGCUUCCCCCUCUCGGGUUCACUUCCUCUGAGUGUGUGUGUUCGCGGUGUCGGUUGUCCCCAUGUCGCCGCCAGGGGAAUGUUUGUGGUUGAGUGUUUGCAGGCGCUGAGUCAAACACUGUUUUUUUGAGGGAAGGAUCAGCUUAAACUGGUUAAACUAGAAACAAUCAAAACAAACAGAAAGAAACGUCUCAGUUUUUUAAGCACUCUCCUUCCCAGCAAGCCGGUCAUUAUCCCGCAUUACAGUUCGGAGUCAGCUGAGAAGAAUGGACCACUAGCCAUUGGAAACAAGUCGUGGCUGCUGUUUCCAUCCCAACAACCAAAUUAUUUUUACAGCAGACCCAAAGCUUACACAACACCUGACCUCCAUUUAACCAGGACUUUUUCCAUUAAGGCUCAAGAUCUCUGCUGCAGGGCGUCUCUAACCCAAAAUAGUCCUGAUUUUUACAAAGUCAAAGACAGCUCACACAAGAAAGACGAGAAUACAGAGUAUAAUGGUAUCAUCAGCAUAAAAAGGAACUCACUUAAUAUAAAUAAGGACUAUGGGGACUCAAAUGGACCCUUUUGAAGUGCCUCAUGUUCAGUGUGGGCACGUCUGCAACCACAAGAAAAGAGGAACCAAAACUUUUUUCAGACUAAAUCAGCCUCACCGACUUCUGAUUCAUUUCCUCUUCACCCACUUUUGGUUUCAUUUGGACUGAAGUAGUGUGAGGAACCCGAGCCAAAAAGGAUCAAAUGGUGUCUUUUGGCACUGGCUUGGGGAUGAAUGAUGGUGAUCUCACAGUUUUCACUGUUGAUAUUUGGAAUGGGGACUCAUAUGGUUUUACUGAUGCCAGUGUCAACGGACCAAAACAAACAUUCAGCCUGCAGCAGAAAUGACACUAUUCCUCUAAAAUUUAUGAAUGAAUCAUCUCAGAUUGUCUUUGUACUGGAGAAAUCUUGUCUGGACAGUGUCUGAAAAUACACACAGUUCAUCCCCAGAGAGCUGCCGGUCUCACAAAGCGAGUGGAUUUUACAGUAAUUCAUUGAGCAGUACCGUUCAAUUUUUGAAGGUUAUUAUCAUAAACACAACAGUAUAAUGUAGUUGAAGUGGACCACUAUCUCUACUCCUUGGUUGUCUUGUAGGUAGGGUUGGGUAUCGUUUGAUUUCGAAUGAUUCAGGUUCCGAUUCCUCGUUUCAAUUUCCGUUCUUUACGAUUCUCUAUUCCGUUUCUUUUAAAAGGCAGGAUAUUAAAAAAAAAAAAGAGAGAGUUCCUCUUUUUGGAUGAAAUUUUUUGAACGUCUCCAUGAAUUUUUAAAUUAUAUUAACUUUUUAAGAACUUAACCAUGAAUUUCUCACAGGGCUUAAGUUAGCCAAACUUUUGACCAAGGCAUGGACAAGGGGACAGCUGAGCAUAAGGGCAAACGAUGAGGAUGGUUGAACCAGUCAGAACCAGCUCCCACCUGUUCUCCAUUCUCAUCCCUGGUUAUUAUGAGCUUUAAGGGUUUUUUUGGCUGUUGGAGCAAAGCUCUAGUGGAUACUUGAGGUACUGCACUUACGGUUCCACGUUGGCCUCAUCUUUUGACACCGAAGGUUGCUGCUUGGCGUCAACUUAGCGAGUCACAGAAAUCCAUUCGAAGCUCAUGUCAGGAACUUUUGGUUUGCUUCAAAUUUGGCGCCCCCUGUGGACAAACAGAGUAGUGUUUUUGAUUAAGACAAACAUACAAAGAAUAUAUGCCAGUCAAUGCUUCCACUGUUUUUGUAUCUUGGAUAUAGUUGUCAUUUUGAUGUCUUGGCAAAACUUGCUUUUUUCUGAUAACACCGACAAAUCGUCAAAAACCCUGAGACUUCAAUAUUAACCUCUUAGCGAUUAAAGCUAAAUCCUGAGCAACACAAAAAUAAAAGGAAGUUUGAAGAAGUUGUUCCUCAAACUUGUUGAAAAAUACCUUUUUUAUAGAGUGCUUUGCUGUGAUCGGCAUUGACCCUCUUCGAGUGGCACAACAAAGCUUCCAACGACUGCUAGCUGAGUGGUCUUAAUGUUUUUUUUUCCUCUUGAUUUGAGAAAAACCUUGAUUUUUGCUUUAUUAUGAUUUUUAUUACACUCCGGGUUCAUAAAGUCGACAUCUUUGUUACGUCUUUUAAAGUUAGUCCUCGCCUCGGAUGUAUUUAGUGAUUUUUUUUUCUAAUAUGUUUCUCUAUUCUUGUUUAUACUGAGGGUUUGUGUGCGAAUGUGUGCGGCACAGACACACAUGGUCUCAAGUAGAAGGCUGAUGAUGAAACCAACCUUGUGUGUUUCAGCAGAGCAGCCUCGCCAUCACUCUGAAAGGAUCGCCUCCUGCAGCGCUGAAUUCACUGAUAUCUUCCCCUGUGCACAGAGGGAACAGAUAUGUAGCUUUUCAGAGCGUCCCCUGCCUUUGUUUCCCGUCCCCCCCGCCUGCUCAGCCUUUGUUUACCUUCCCCAUGUGUGCGCCGAGCUCACAGGAAGCUAUGAGUUACAGAGGGGUGAUUGUCAGUCACAGAGUUACAUCACUGCCUUUAAUCCGCGCCGAGGCUGCUCGCUUACGUCGUCUUCCGCCCGCCACCUACUUUCCGCGGAUCUGUUGAAGGUAUCCAUUUACAGAUUAUGCCGUCGGAGCGGAUGUCACCUUCUAACCCUGCGGGGAAAUGUAAACAAACACAAUUAUCCAGGAUAUGUCAUGAUGAAGAGAAGUUGAGGGAAAAAAACAACAAAUACAGUGUCACGGUGUAGAAGUUAAACAAAAAGGGAAGGACCUAAAUGCAGGACAACAAAAACGAUUUAUUCAAAAAAGACCUAAAAGAAAAGCAAGAAAAACUUACUUUACAUGUCCGACUCAAAAAUCCAAGAGACACAAAUGGCAAAAACUCAGCAGAGACAUCAACAUACACAGACAUACAAUGAACCAACAAAGACACAGGGGAAGACAAGGACUAUAUACAGUAUAUACACACAGAGAAACGAGCAACGAGAGGCAGGUGAGACACAGGUGCAGACAAUCACUAGUGCUGUGUAGUUUGCGAAUGAUUCAUUCAAAAGAACCGAAUCUUUUAAGUGAACGUAAUGAACCAAAUCACUUCCUCAAGUGAUUCGUUCGUUUCUCACUUUUGUUGAGCUGAAGUGAGAAACAGCAUUGCCAGGCCAGCAGCCGGCGAACGAGGGACCACAUGCACCGACGCCUGAAUCACUUGGUGAACGAAUCACGUAUUGAACUACUCUCUCUGGGAUCAUUUUUAUUGGACAAAACUACCAAUGUUUUCACUCUCUCGGUCUGAUUGUAUUUCCAUGAUGAAAUGAUCAUAAAUGUUCUUCCUUGAGCUGUGAAACCCCGCUGCAUUCUGUAAUGGACUGGCCCGAGGUCUUGUUACAAACAAGCGGCUGCUGGAAGAGAGUAAGUGAGUUGUGUUUAGUCUCUUUGCUAAAGAAAUCAGGCAAAGUUAAAAAGAUGUUUGGUGUCUAGUACUAUGACUGUGACCCUAUAUGUACUGUUGAUGAAGUUAGGUGCUGUUCUGAGCAUUAUUUGCGUUUUGGUUGAGGUUUGUUUAUGGCUCCUCAGACCGCUGUGUAUUGCUAUCGUGCGGUCGUUACUAAAGUUGGUUUAACUAGAGAAACAAACGGUCGGCAACAUUCAUCCCUCGAGGGGGUGUCUAGCUCGGUGUUAUGGUGUGUUUGACCCUAAAAUAAUUUUACACAGGAAUAUCCCUUUAAGCAUAUCCCCCCUUCUUUGAAACAAAUCAGUAAAAAACUCUCCGAUUGCCAGAAUUUCUCCUAUUUUAAACGAUCUUAUUUGCUCUCUAGUUUAUGAUUCUGCACCGUUUGAUUUCUGGGUUAAUGUAUUCAACAAUGUGAUUAAUUUGAUGGCUACUCAGAAAAGCCUCUCCCUCUCUCUCUCUCUCUCUCUCUCUUUCUGGCUGCAGAUUCAAAACACAGGCAUACGCACAGCAGAAAAAGAAAAAAACAGAUUUUUUUUUCUCCCUCCAGCUAGGUUGCGUGGUUGCUCGGUUGCUGAGCUACAAGUGACGCCUACACCAGCAAAAAGGUUCUUUUUAAUGCUAUCUCUGCGGCUGCUGUUUAUCUGCUUUGCAUUUUAGCAUCGGUGCUAGUUCAACAGAGUUUUCAAGUUUCGCACACGGGUUCACAUUUAUGCACAUUUCGGGUAAUAAUGUUGAUUUUUACGGAGGAAACAGAGGGCUGUUAUUAGCUUGAACACAGUUGUGGAAGUGUUUUGUAAGCCCCAAUCUGUCCGACUGGCAGUUUUUCACAGUAGCCAGAAUGAUGGAUGAUCCGCACACACUGGUACAGUACAGCAAAGCCCGCACAGAUGGGCAGAGCCACACAAACAGCAACAGUGCAGAUGGGAUGGAGCGCACACAUGCACAACCACAAGGGUACGCACAAACACACACACACACACAGACUCGCACUAGUCUUUCUGUCUGUUUAGCGUACACUCUUUUGAUUCAAGCGCUCCCCACCACCCCUGUGCAGAAUCUACUCUGCAGCUCGACUCCAAAUGAAAUGCCUCAGUGGGUCUGAUUGGAUUUGAUAAGAGCUGAUUCGAUAGAGCAGGAGAGGAGGCAGGUGGAUACUGUGCUGCAGUGUGUGUAUGAGCGCGAACAUCCAGGGUUUUUUGCAGGAUGCAUGUUCGCACGAUACAUCAAACUGCCUCCCCUGCUCGCUUUCCAAUAAAAAUACGUGUCUCGCCGCAACAAACGCACUCCGGAUCAAAGUUGGGGAAACAUCAUUACGGCGGAUGAACUGUCAUCAGCAGCUCCACGAGGGCCCUCCAGUCCCUCUCAGAGCAGGUCGAGCUGACGCAUUUCUCCUCGCUUCCUCAUCUACAUUAACUGUUCUGCACACACACACAGAGUCCGAGUCACGAUUACUUUACCAUUUAGGUCGAUUUCCUAAAGUAGCUUUCCAGGCAAGCCACUUAUUUCCAUUAACUGCUCUAAGCUGAGAAAAUGAACCUGUGGUGCAUUCGGGUGUUAGUGGGAAAACCUAAAUGUCAAGUUCAUCGAAACCUUUCUACUGUUUGAAAUAGAAGUUAUUAAAACAGUAAAAGUGAAAAAUAAUGUUUAUAAACAACUCAGAAUUAGAAUUAUUUUAGAUUGUACAGUGCAGUAAGAUGUCUGUUGUCGCUAAAGAUUGAACCAUUUAAUCAUUAAUUUAGAUUACAUUGAAAUGAACUGAAUAGACCUAAAAAAAUACCUUUAAAGGGAUAUUCCGGCGUAAAAUUAAUUUAGGGUCAAACACACCGAAAGACCGAGUUAGACACCCCCUGGAGAGAUGAAUGUUGCCGACCGCUUGCUUCUCUAGUUUUACCAACUUUAGUAACGACUGCACGAUAGCAAUACACAGCAGUCUGAGGAGACAUAAACAAACCUCAACCAAAACGCCACAAAUAAUGCUCAGAACAGCACCUAACUUCAUCGACAGGACAUAUAGGGUCACAGCCACCAAACAUCAUUUUAACUUUGCCUAAUUUCUUUAGAAAAGAGACUAAACACAACUCACCUACUCUCUUCCAGCAGCUGCUUGUUUGUAGCGAGACCUCAGACAAGUCCAUUACGGACUACAGUGGGGUGACGCAGCUCAAGGAAGAACAUUUCUGAUCUUUUUUUUCAUUAUUCCCUUGAAGUGAUAAUCACCAUAUUAAUAAUUUUGCACCACAGAUGUGGUAGUUCUUCUGCCUUAGCGUCUCGGCCAUAAAGAAAUGAUCAUAAAUGUUCUUCCUUGAGCUGUGAAACCCCGCUGUAGUCAGUAAUGUACUAUGACUGGGACCCUAUAUGUCCUGUUGAUGAAGUUAGGUGCUGUUCUGAGCAUUAUUUGUGGCUAUAGAGUGGCGUUUUGGUUGAGGUUUGUUUAAGGCUCCUCAGACCGCUGUGUGUUGCUAUCGUGCGGUCGCAGGAAAAAACAUUUAUUUGCUAAUUUGUAAAGACUGAUAAGAAACUCGGCUAAACUUGGAAUUGGUCCCAGAAAGACAGUAAGAAAGUGACUCUUGUACCGGCAGGAGGAGGAGGGUGUAGUAUGUCAUAAUUUAGAUCAUUUAAUUCUUGAGAAGUCAAAACUCACUUUGUUGUCGGGUACUUUUGUUUUAUUCCUGGUAAAUCAAAGUUAUCUGGCUCGUAAAUUUAAUUUGGAUGUAUAUCUGAUAGUUGAUUUAUGACCAGACUUCUGCACACAGAGCGCCAAAUACUGUGAGCCGUGUGAUCUGGAUUUAAAAGACGGAUUAUGUCAGCCUUUAUAUGAAAUAAUAUGCAUAACUGGAGAUUUACAGUAAGAUUCAGUUGUUGAAUUAAGUGCUGUAGCUGUAAGUUUCCUGUUCUCUGUCAUUUCCUGUCUGCGCAGCUGUCUCAGCCGUGUGCAUCCAUCUGUGCAUCUGUGCUCAGAUCGUGUCUUUUACCUCUACGUCAUUACCUCCAUCUCCGUCCCUGGUGUAUACGUGUUCAGGGUUUUGUGUGUAUGUUCAUGUGUUUAGAAAAGCCUCAGGAAACAGGUUAACCUCCCCGCCACAGAGAUGAAAAAGCUGACAAACACAAGCACACACACAUGCACACACAUGCACAUACCCCUCAUACAGAUAAAAUGCGAUGCAGGCGUCAAACUUGCACUGUGCACUGGUUUAUGUAACCCUCUGGGGACCUGUGUACCUACCUAGUGCUGGAGGCACUGCAGCUCACUUUAAUGCAUUGUACCGUAACACACAAAGGCACGACUAGAAGCGACAAUGUCAGACCGUUCUACAGCAUUUUUGGAAAACCUGAGGUGAGCAACAGUCAGUGUUUCCCCCUGUGGUUGUUUCAUUCUCAUCUGGACACGUUUUGGUUUAAUUCUCAGCGGCAGCCAUGAUAUGAAAAAAUAACCUAUUAGCUCUCUCAAGUGACAUCUCUGCAUUGGGUAUCGCAUACAGGAUGCGUAUUUGGAGCGUAGCAGCAGAGCCCUGGUUGUGAUAUAUAUAUUUUUUUUGUAGGAUAGUAGGAGAAAGUCCCGCCUCCUUCAUCUCUGAUUGGCUAGAAAAGCUGGAAAUCUCAUCACACGCUCAAGCCAAAUGCGGGCUUUUGGCUCUGUACAUCGAACAGAACAUUACAGAACAUUAUCGCACUAACCCUAACCCAACAGACAAUGAGGUUUCACAGCCAUAAGGAAUAACCAAUCAGAGCCCAGCACUUCUAGCCAAUCAGAGGCGAAGGAGGGUGGGACCUUGCCCUACCAUCCUACAAAAAAAAUUUCGCUUCCAGGCCAGUGAACAUUCAAAGCAUCCUUUAACUCCAGAGUGUGUUAUAAAAAUUAAAGACACUGAAAUUUUGUUUGUAAUGUUGCAUUUUGGAAAGAAUUUAGAGGAUGACGUUGUUGCAGAAAGUCCUGUAAUACCAGAGUUUUCCUAUAGGGGUUCAUCAAAUUGAGUAGGGUUUCUAGUGCUUUGCAAAGCUUUAUAAAUUCACCAAUAUUAACUGGGAAUUGGGAUGCGUGCAUGUGCAACAGUUACAUCGCAGGAUGUGCAAUGUUAGCCGAAAUGACUAACAAAUUUUCCAUAGGGGAUCAAUACAUUUCUUGUAAAUAACCUUAAACACUUAACGCUGUCUCCACCGCCUUGUUGUCAAGGAUUCAUUGACAAUAGUAGAGAUGGAAUAUAUGGACAUAGUGACAGAGGGUUUGAUUCAAGAAGCUGCAAAUAGACUUAAAGAUCCAAAUUAUAGUGUUGUGUCGUUCACAAACGAUUCGUUCAAAAGAACCGACUCUUUUUAGUGAACGUACUGAACCGAAUCACUUCUUCAGGUGAUUCAUUCGUUUCUCACUACAGUUGAGCUGAAUCAAGAAACAGCAUUGCCAGUUGAGCAGCCGGCGAAUGAGGGACCACAUGCACCGACUCCUGAAUCACUUGGUGAACGAAUCACGCAUUGAAUUACAUUCUCUGGAAUCAUUUUUAUCGGACAGAACUACCUUUUUAAACCAUUAAACCCGCAGCAUCCUAUCAUUGCAGCAGUUUGCGAAGGAACAGUUCAUGUUCAGAGUGAAUUCUUCUAAAAGUUCAGUGAACUAAUCACUCACUGACCCCAUGAUGAUUGGGUGAUUUGGUGAACAAAUCUUUUGAACAAAUCUUUUUUGUGAACUGAUUAUAGUGAUUCAGUACAUCUAAAAGAACUGCUGUGCCCAUCACUACCAAAUUAAGACUAGUGCACUGUAUAAUUAAAGUUUCUUAUAGUUUCUCUGCACUACAAACACACUGCUUUUAUCUAAAUUACAGUAUUUUACUGAGUAAAGACAGAAAUAUCACCACAUCAGUUUUUCUCAAAAUCAAACAAAUGUUAAGAAAUGCCAUGAUGUACGAUUACUUCAAAUUUCUUGCCCUUCGUUAGCCUGCUAAGCUACAUUAAAAAUGAUUUAAAAUGGCCUCAUAUUUGAUAGUCGCUUUCUGACAGCCAUCCACUGGUAAUGUGUGCUAUCAUGUCAAAGCCUCCUGCAGUCGAAGCUUUGCAGCUUAAUGUUUGAGUAGACGAACUGACUCACACUCUACUGUAUUUGCCCUCCAUGUUACAAAAACCCUCUUAGUCAUCGCAGCGCUGCUUUGUUGCUCAGAUUUUACUCAGUCUUUUGUCGGCGUUCGAGACAGUUUGGACAGGCGGCUCGUAGAUUUUCAUUCAGCGGGAUGUUCUUGUUCCUCACACACUAUCAAGACUCACAUCUUAAGUACAACAAGGAUUUGUAAUUGAAAGAAAUAAACAACUACAUUGUUUCGUGAUGCCUUUUAGGAGAGUAGUCAUAUCCCUGGAGUAGAUUUUUAGUGAAACUUUGGUUCUUGCUAUCGUUGGUUCCUGCAUUAGUGUCCUACAUAGAUUAAAAGGAAGCUUACUCCACAAUUUAAUAUGGAUUUCUAUUAAAUCACAGAUAUUCAGAGUACCUGGUGGAUUAAUCCCAAAGACUUUAGUUAUUCCUAGAUUUUUCCAUAAGCUUUUUACAUGAAGUUCUCAGAAACUUUUAAAUUGAAUGGGAUUAAAUCUUGAACAAACAUUCAUUAUCGUCAACGGAUGUAACCUAAAACAACUGUUGGCAUAAGCAGGUUGAAUUUAUUGGUUACUAUUCAAUGGAUACCCACAUAGCAUCAACAAUCGGUAUGGUGCUGAGAAUUGAAGCUAAUGUAGAAGUGAAAAAAACUGCAGUUCCUCAAGUGUCCACUUGAGGCUGGCUCCAAAAGCCUUAAAAGUCCCAUUAACACCAAUGUUAACAUGCGGAUCUUUGGAACAAGAAUAAACAUUUACGAAAAUGAAUAAUAAUUAUGACAAUAAUAAUAAUAAUAAUGUCUCAAAGUGCUUUGCCUUGGAUACAUCAUUCAUUCGCUCACUCAGUCACACCUUGGAGGCGGUAAACUACCUCAGUAGUCACAGCUGCCCUGGGGCAGACUGACGGAUACGUGGCUGCCAGUUUGCGCCUACGGCCUCUCUGACCACCACAACACAACACUCACAAUCAUACACCAGUGGAGGACACACACUGGGAGCAAGGUGGGUUAAGUGUCUUGCCCAAGGACACAAUGGACAGACUCGGGAUAGGGGGGGAAUCAACCCGCCAACCUUCCGGUUACUGGACGACAGCUCUACCUCCUGAGGUACUGCCUGAGCUACUCUACCUAAAUUGUUAAGUUAGGUAAAGCGUAUUUUUUCAUAAGAAGUAUAAAACAGGAAUAUCAAGGAGCUUGUUUGAGAUAAAGUGAGUAAGGAGGUUAAAUUAUAUCGCAAGUAAUGAAAACGCAACAAAUCCUCACUAAUUUGUCAAUCUCAACAAUGUCUGAUGAAAACAAACUGAAACUGCUUAAAGGCUCAAAGGUAUAUUCUGGCGUAAUUAAUUAAAGAUCAUAAAUGUUCUUCCUUGAGCUGCGUCACCCCACAGCAUUCAAUAAUGGAUUGGCCCAAGGUCUCGCUACAAACAAACGGCUGCUGGAAGAGAGUAGGUGAGUUGUGAUUAUUCUCUUUGCUAAAGAAAUCAGGCAAAGCUAAAAAGAUGUUUGGUGUCUAGUACUAUGGCUGGGACCCUAUAUGUCCUGUUGAUGAAGUUAGGUGCUGUUCUGAGCAUUAUUUGUGUCUAUAGAGUGGCGUUUUGGUUGAGGUUUGUUUAUGGCUCCUCAGACCGCUGUGUAUUGCUAUCGCGCGGUCGUUACUAAAAUUGGAAUAACUAGAGAAGGAAGCGGUCUGCAACAUUCAUCUCUUGAUGGGGUGUCUAACUCAGUGUAAAAGAUUCCCAUUAGCCUCAUGCUAAUUAGCGUGUUCACACAGUUUGAUAUUGCGGCAAAUAUUUCACUUGUCUACAUCUCUGCUUUAGUCGUUGUUGUUGUGAGCUUGGUUAUUUACACAAGCUGAAGCUCAUGUGCAUUAACGGUGAUUCAUUUGCUGAUAAAAUUAAAUCCAUGCUAGCGUUCCCAUUUUAGCCGCAGGUUUUUUUAGUCUUCGUUCACCAGAAAGUGUUGCAGCUCUUGCCGGUAAAUAUCCACCAGUCAGCAGGUACCAAGCAACCACACGGCCAUAAGUACCCUUUUAUUCCUGCUUUGCAAUAGAAACACUCAUUUAACUGUGAGCUAUCACAUCAAUAACGCGGAGGAGGAGUAGCGGGGCUGCACAUGGCGUCUUGCUGUGAAUUCAUCUUCUGUUGCGCUAUUAUAGAAAUCCAUAAUAACAGAGCCAUAACGUGAAGAGGCGAUAAAGGCGGGCAGGUAAAGUACGCCAGUUAGAUGCCUAACAUCCGCCCCUGGCAGGGUGAUUGAGUGAGUUUCAUUUCCUAUGAAUUGCACCCAUCUUUCUCCUCGGUACCUGCUCGCUCAAUCCACUAAUGGAGCAACAGAGAGGAGUGAAUGAAAGAGGCAGAGAGAGAAAUAGAGGGAGAGAUAAUGAGGGAAGGAGCGAGGGGAGGCAGAGUAAUCAGAAAUUUUGAGUCACGCCUUGAGUCUAAAACAUAGACUGAACGAGCUGUUUAAUCUCUAAUGGACUGUUUUGUGAAGGAAGGCCCGUUUGUAUGUGUGUCUAUUGUGAGAGUGUGCGCUUGUGUUCGCAAAGAGGUCAGUGCCUCCGACAUAGACAGCGAUUCCCCACAGCCUCGGACCGUUUGACUCCACGUCCCCGUUAGUAAAAGAGAGAGGAAGCUGCCAUUUGAGUAGCUUCCCAUAUGUGUGUGUUUGUGUACUUGCUCAACUAUCUUUAUAAGGACCGAUCUAUGUUUUAAAUCAGGGGGUUGAGGAGGAGAAUACUCAUCUUAUUUCCACUUUUCAUGGCUUUUAUUAAAGGAUUUUCACUUGGUUUUAAUUUGUGUGAUGCUGGAGAAUGCGUAAAGCAAGAUGAUGUCUUUUGAGACGAUAAGUUGCUUAAAAUUAAAUUGUGUUUUUUUCCUUCUGGUGUAAGAGAGGGAAAGCUUUUAUAAACUUGUUGAUCUAUCUUUGUGAGGACCAUGACCAAUUUGAUACUUUGGGACCAAAGAUUCAUCCUCAGUUUAAAGUGACUCCUAAAGGGUUUGGACUAAGUUUGAUGGGUCAGAUUAUCUAGUUUUCACUUUAAAAGGUUUUUGGGUUUAGUCUCAGUCUUCAGGCUUAGGUUACAGUUGGGCCGGGGGAGGGGUAAGGUGUGAGAGGAUACCGUAUGUGUGUUUGAACGUGCUCAUUCAUCUUUGUGGGGACCAAUGUUUCUAGUGCAAACUGCAAAGUGAGGACGAUUAAUCUGGUCUUCACUUUAAACAGACCAUUAAAGGGGUCAGACUUGUGUAAAAUGGUGUGACUAUGAUGUAUCUGUCCUUCCAGUAGAAACCGACCAGAAAGUUCGGAAAACAUAAGCAAGAAAACAAAGUAAAUUCCGGAGACUCUGGUGGAAUAACAGGCGCUUAAAAAUGAGGUAGACCGGACAAGAGCUAAAAAGCCGGGUCAACAUUAACGAUGGGGAACGCUUCGGGAUCUUACGGACCCUGUAACCUUUCUGCUGGACAGGUAAACCGCUUUAACAAAGUGAGACAAGUGUCUGUAACAGAAGUGUUUCUUGUCAAACGGACCUGCUGUAGCGUGUUGUAGCGCCGCUAAACUGUUGACCUCGGGUCCUGGACUAUGUCACUUUAUCCUAGUUGUAGAAGUCCUGCAAACAUUGUGUUUGCUGGUAGUCUGUUGGCAUCUACAGUAGCACCAAUGCUUUUUACUUUCACGUUGACUGGGCCCCAUUUGUAAUGAUCUGAAUUUAAUUGGAGCGAUACGAGCGAGCAGGAGCGUCUGUUUGUGAGUGGGGCUUAGGGGAGAGGAGGAGCUGAGGGGAAAACUGGUCGGGAGGGGGUAGAGUUUACAUUCAAGAUUUCUCCCUAAAACUGUCUCUUCCUCAGAUCCUGACUACCCCACCUUUAAGUGUCCCAUUCCUAAUUUUGGACCUGCAGAGUCAGACGGUUGUGAAAAGUUUGGAGGUUUUCAGGUUCAUCUCUUGGGAGUGGGGUGAAGAUGAAAGAGAUUGCAUUAAUUUUACAAGUUGGAAAAACUGCAAUAUGAUAUAUACUAUUUUGAAACCAAAGCCAUAAACCAUAAACCAUAAUUUUCCACAUGUUGUAAAUCAAACUAUUGUGCCCAUUUUCUCUGAAUCCAAAGGAUGCUUUGUGCACUUUUACCCGCGCCCAGAGAAAUUUGCAUGAUCCAGCAGGGAAAUUUGCAUGACGGAAACGCUAACAAAUACAGAGGAGAAUCAACGUGACAUAAACAAGCUCGGAAAGAUCAGACCAGCCUUUUUUCUGGUGAACAUGUUUGGGGUGGUAAAAGUCAAAUACUCAACGAUUUAUCGGGUCAGGCCAAACAAAACUAUCAGCUGACCUCUUUCAAAUGCCACAAAAUAAAACACCCUCUAAAGAGAGUCCCCACUAGUAUAGACAAACAAACAUGGCAGUGUGAGUUUCUGUGUGUAUGUUCCCCCCUUCAGCUAAGAUGAUGUCUGUAACUGACGAUGACUCAGACUACAACCCACCCCUCCCUACCGCUCUCCUUCCUUUUUCAAUCUCCCAUCCUGCCUUCCCUCCUUUCCUUCCUCCCUUUUUCUCCGUUCCUUCCCUUUCACCGUCACCUCCUCUCGUGUUAUCGCCCUUAUUCCUUUGAGAUUCAUCGCAGAAGUAGCUCUUGUUGCUUUGAAAAGCAGUUAAUGUAGAUUAAGGCUUGGGGUAUUAAUGUCCUCCCUACCCACGCUCAUUUAUCUCUUAAAAAUGUAAACCACUGAAGAUAAGGAGCAUUUUUAAAUUCCCUUUUUUGAAUCACUUUUUUAUGGAGGAUUACAUGCAUAACCUGCUUCAUUUUCAAAAUAACCUUUUCUUUAUUGUCUAAAGAUAUUAACUCAUUCAGUGCCAAUGACAGGGUUUGACAGAUUUUUCAGUUUUUUUGUUUUCCGCCAGAGGGCGCUGCCUCCCAACAUGCGACUAAGUUUGGGAUCGUUCUGAAUGCAGAAAAGCUGUCAAAUACGUCAUAAUCAUGUUACAAUAACAAAAAACAAGUACUGGCCAGUGAGACAUGUGCCGUCAAGUGAGCCAAUUAGCCUAGUUGUGGAGUUGCGGGGGUGCGCAUUCACAUCUGGAGUCCGUCAUUUCAUCCCAGGCAUAGCUAGGCACGCUCCCCGCCGAACUCGCGCAGAGGGCUCCGCGGCCGACCAUAGCAGACGAGAGCUGUCGGAAUGAUGGGACGUUUGAUAGCAUGGUACCAUAUCGCCACUCCGAAAAUUAGAGACCAAUGUCGGAAUGGCGGGAUGUCGGAAUGGCAGUUGCCCCCCCUUAGCAGCGGUAAAACGUGGGACAGCAAUCGGGGGCUCUCCCAAUUAGUAUCGUAUCUGGAUACGGCAUGUAAGUAUUGAUACUUUUCAAAGUAUCAAAACUUUUGACAACCCUAUCGGUAAAGUAGUUUGAAGUGAAAUGAAAUAGACGAUCAGAGUUCUGCUUGAAAGUCUCUCCUUCGUAAAAAUGUGUUUUUCCCAGGUUUCUUUAUCCAGAUCGGCAAAGAUGAUAUGACUAUUGAGCAGGCAAUAACUAAACACAGGAGCGGGUUAGCUUUUUUUUCUGGUGAAAGAAGAGAAAAGAAAAGAAAUUCUAGUCCAAGCACAAGAUAUUCUGUGGGUCCUGACAGAUACGGAAAUUUCAGUGCCACCAUUGCGGUCAACGGUGGCACUGGGUGAAAAUUGCAUAAAUGAACCUGGCACUGAAUGAGAUAAAGCUACUAUCAGGAGUUUUCAGCAGGUCUUGAAAGGCUGCCAGACAAAGAUACUACAGAAAAAGCAUUUUUUUAACAUAUUAUAGUUUAAAUAUACAGUCACUGCUUUGUCCACAGGGGGCGCCAGAACCUAAACACACAAAGUUCCUCACGGGAGCUUUAAAAACGACUUUAUUCAAACAUUUUAAAUUCAUUGAAAUUUUAAUUAAAAUAUGAUCAAAAUUAUCUUUCAUUGUUUCUGCAGCAUGAAUCAGAUUAGCAUGACGGUAAAGUCAAACCAUCAACACUGUUUUCCGAAAAUCAAGCUGUUGAACCUGAAAACACAGUUUUUUGAACAAAUUUUGCUAACUUUUAGACCCUGACCCCGGCACUCAUCGGAGAUAACCAAUGACACUUCGCUUGCACACAAACAUGCUUUGUGUUAGGUGGAUGAUAGAACCGAUUUCUUUCUUCCUCUCUUAAUUAAACAGUUACCUUGACUUAAAUCCUUCAGUUUGCCUGAUUUCAGACUAAUUAACUUACAGGACAAAAACUGAUUAACUGUAGAAACUUGUGAUAUAAACACUGAAAUACCCUGAAUAUGUUUUGGUUUUGUUGGUUUUCCAUUAGUUAAAAGGCAAAAAUUCAACUUCACUCUCUAAAAAUAUACCUUACCUCACUUGCUGGUACUUUCGAGUCCUGCAGAAAUAACAAAGAGGCACGGAUUUGUUAUUAUGUAACCAAAGGUCUCAGUUGAGCACUUGUGUGUGAAUGUCUUUUCGUGUGUUUGCUAGCUGUGUUUAUGACCAGACACUAAAACCCAUCGGAGGAAUAAAAAAACAUUAAAAACCUGCAGAAAUAGAUUAAAAAACCAUAAAAUUUAAUGCAGCUGCGUUCAUUAAAGUCUGUAAAAUGGGAAAACUUUGCAAAGAGUGAUUAGUAAAAGUGUGGGGUUUCAUUUUAAGAUGGCAUGUGAGAAUUGUAUAACCUCAAAAUUAUCAAAAGGUAAGAUGCCAUCUUGGAACUAGCUUUGCAUUUGUGUUAUAAGUAAUCCUGGCGAUGGGAAACUGUAGACUUUGCUUAAGAUAUCAGGCAAAGUUAAAAGAUGUUGGGUGGCUAGUACUAUAGCUAGGACCCUAUAUGUACUGUUGAUGAAGUUAGGUGCUGUUUUGAGCAUUAUUCGGCAUUUUGGUUGAGGUUUGUUUAUGACUCCUCAGACCGCUGUGUAUUGCUAUCGUGCGGUCGUUACUAAAGUUGGUAUAACCAGAGAAGCAAGCAGUUGGCAACAUUCAUCUCUCGAGGGGAUGUCUAACUGGAUGUUACGGUGUGUUUGACUCUGAAUUAAUUUUACGCCGGAAUAUCCCUCUAACAUAUCUUGGAGUAAUCCCCAGAUGGGACUACAGGGGGCUCUGAAUGGCUGGUUCAGAAAGUCACGCGGGAAUUCAGCGAGAUCGGAAUGAGAUUUGCUCAAAUCAUGAUAUCACCAGACAGGGAAUCUCCAUAGUAUAUAUUGAACUGUUGGCGAACGGUAUUGUAGCUUUACUAGCAUGCUAAUGUAAGGACCCAUUUCUACUUGCAUCAGUGCGACAGCUGAAUAAAGAAAUGGAGUAACAACGUUUGAAAAGUAACCACAGAUCGGAAAAUUGACUUUGUCGUGCAGACCUUGUUACAAACUCCAAUUUCCUCUUCUGUGCUGCAGAGGUAAUAAACUACCCCAGGUAGAAAACUGCAUACAGGAGGCUUUUAAACUUUAACGUCUAAACAAGCCGGAUCCGAGCAGAAUAACAUUAUUACUUUUCAGUGACAAAUCCUCGCACAUCCUCUGCCUCUCUUGUCACAUGGAGCCUUAAAAUACAACAAAAGACAGCUUCUCCUCCUCCUCCUGCUCUCGCUGCUCCACCACUUUCAACACCACAGCCACCUUUACUUUGUGCUAUUGUCAGACAGCAGAGCCGAACCAUUACUGCAAACACUCUUAUCAAGUUAUGUAAGGUUGUGUGUGUGUGCGUUUGUGCAGUUUUGUUGAGAAUGUGGGAUUCGUUGUAUUUGCAUGUGUUUCCGAGCAUGCACAUGUCUGUUUCUGUGUUUUAUGAAAUCAUAUACUGCAGAUAUGUCAAACGUGUCCGUUAUUCCGCAGAUGCAAGCAUUCAUGUGGGUUGAUGCAGGCGUGGGUGCUAUGGCCUGUUUAUCCUCAUGUGUAUAAGUAUGUGUGUUUGUGUGUGUGUCUGCAGCUGUGGCUCUUGUCCACUGUGCAAGGGGAGGUUAUGGCAUCCUGUUCCUCUUCCGAGCUGCCUCUCCAUCUGGAGCGGAGCCAGCUUCAGUGAACUGUGCGUUACAGUGGGAUACAGGCCUAUUAUCACUGUGGAGAAUGCCGGCAUCCGGACCGAGGCCUUCUGUGUUAAUGCGACCUGUGUGUGCCCUGAUGAGCCUGUGCAUGUGUUCUUGUGCAUAUCUCAAGUUGCAGACCUACCCUGAUUUUUCUGUACCGUGUUAGGAUAUGCUUUAAUUCGUUGCUCUACUGUACCCACUGGAAUCUACUUUGGGUUAGAAUCUGAUACUCUGUGUUUUCUGUUUUUGGGUACUUAAACAUGUCUUGGCAGUACCCUUUGAUGCCUUUAGGGUACCUUUUGUGUCUGAUUAGAUUUUGUCUAUUUUUGGUACCCUUAGUCUCUGUUUUAGGGUAUGCUAUGAUUCCAUCAAGGGUAAUGUUGUAGGGUACCACAAAUUUGUUGCUCUACUGUACCCACUGUAAUCUAUUUUAGGUUGGAAUCUUACACCCUUAACAUGUAUUGUCAGUACUUCUUAUUUUCUAGUACCCAUUGAUGCCUUUUAGGGUACCCUUUUGUGUCGGAUUAGUGUUCCCCUCAAGUGUCUGUUUUGACCUACCCUGAUUUUCCUGGAUUUUCUUUGGUACCCUUAGUCUCUGUUUUAGGGUAUGCUAUGAUUCCGUCAAUGUUACUGUUUAAGAGUACCACAGAUUUGUUGCUCCAAAGUACCCACUGAGAACUGUUUUGGGUUGGAAUCUGACACCCUGUGUUUUCUGUUUCUGGGUACCUUUAACAUAUCUUGUCAGUACUUCCUAUUACCUGGUACCCCUUGAUGCCUAGUAAGGUACCCUUUUGUGUCUGAUUAGUGUUUCCCUUAAGUGUCUGUUUUGACCUACCCUGGUUGUUUUUUUAUUUUGGUACCCUUAGUUUCUGUUUUAAGGUAUGCAAGGUUUACGUCAACGUUACUUUUAGGGUACCACAAAUUUGUUGCUUCACAGUACCCAACUGGAAUCUAUUUUGGGUUGGAAUGUGAUACUCUAUGAUUUCUGUUUUUGGGUACCUUAACAUAUCUUGUCAGUACUUCUUAUUUCCUAGUACCCCUUUGAUGCCUUUUAGGGUACCCUUUUGUGUCUGAUUAGUGUUCCCUUACUUUGGGUUGGAAUCUCACACCCCGUGCCUUCGGUUUUUGGGUACCUUAACAUGUCUUGUCAGUGUUCUCAUUUCUGGGUACCCCUUGGUACCCCUAACCUUCAUUUUUUUCCGUUUAAGGUACACUUUUCAGCGUCUCUGAAUGUAGGAUCCUUUUUUUGUGUUUGUUUAAAAUGGACUGUAGUGUCUGUUUCAAUGCGUCUUUUAUUCUUCAUCUGUUUUAGUCUGUUUUAGUAUCUAUAUAACGUUGCAGAAUACCUUUAAUUGAUGGUUUUGAGGUAUCUGUUCAUGUCUCUCUGAAGCCUCUCUGCCUUCUGUUGUCAAUUUGGGAUUUUGAGACCUAAAAUGACUCAGUAGUUACUUUUUCUUAUCUCUGUCGAGUUACCUUUUAUCUCUGUUUUGGGAUAUGCUUUAAUUCCCUUCGUUUUUUAUGGUUGUCAAAGGUGUCUUGUGCGUUUCUUGAUAAGAUAAACAAAAAGUAAUGUUGUUUGACAAUCCAGGGGUAGAUUGAGGCUGUUCAAGCCAUUGGUGCAAAGUUAGAGGAUAUAAUACUCUACAUUUUGGGUAUGACUCUAAACAAGUGAUUUCUAAUAACACAAAGGCCAGUGAUACGAAAUGAAAAUGUUGACGGUGCAACUUUCACACAUUGGUAACAGCUUGAGAAGAGGUGAGAAUGUGGGCUUGUGCAGGUGUCUGUUGAACAGAGACAUGGACGUGAAAGCAUUCAAGCACACCUGCAAGGUGUUACAAUAUGUCGCUGAUGAAGCGGGGGAUGGGAGCCAGAGAAAACUUGCGUGAGACUGUUUUGGUCUUUUCCAACAUCUCCUUUUUUAGCAUCAGAUGAGGGAGAAUUUUGGUUUACGCCGUCUGUCUUUUUUCCAUCUAUCUUAAAACGGGCAGGAGCCAAACAGGAAGUGAUUUUACUACGUUUUUUUUUUUGGUUCAGCCAGUUCAGCUUGAAGUUAUUUAUGCAAAGGUGUUGAGUGGGAAACAAACUCAGCACCAUCAAAGUCAGACUGGGCCUUUUAUCAGCUUAGCUUUGCAUGUCUGUGUAGUGGGAGAUUUUGACCCAGUUGUGCUCAUCAGUUGGCCUUAGUGCUUUGUUUUUUUAUCGCAGACAAAGAGUAAAAGAGACGAGGUUAUCUCUUAGGUGGUUAAGGGUUUAGAAAGACCACAGUAUGUCCUGAGUUUGGCUCUACUUUGUCUGAUAUCUUCUAAUGUCCAAAAGGCCUCUGCCACAGAUUGUUUGCAGUUUUACACCGAGAAACAUUACCCUGAAGUUGCCAAACUGUUCGCACAUGCAGUCUACUAACAAAGUGGGGAUCCUCUCCUAGACUCAGCCUUUCUGUUGUACCGGUUUUAGUCCAAGACAUGUCAGCUAACCUGUUACAUUAGAAAGUGUUGUUUUUGUAUCAUUGUGUGGAUUUCUUGACAUUUUGUUGACGCUGUCCCACAUUUUUUAAAAUCUGUUGCUACCAUCCAACACAAAAAUUAGUGUAUCGUCUACAUACAAUAAUAUUUUUUUCAUUUUCGAUAUUUAAUGUCUUUUAUUUCUGUUUUUUAGUUGAACGUUUGAUUAGCUAACCAUGAAAAUCUGUUUUUAUUAACAUUUCAGCAGCAUCCUAAUAUCAUCCGACCAAAACAUAAGUGUAUCGUCUUCAUACAAUAACAUUUUUUACAUUUUUAAUAUUCAAUGUCAUUUUUUCUCCAUUUUUCAAAGUACGAUUAGCCAACCAUGAAAGUUAUUUUUUAAUGUUUCAGCAAUAUCCUAAUAUCAACCGACCAAAAUAUAAGUGUAUCAUCUUCAUACAAUAACAUUUUUUUUCAUUUUCGAUAUUUAAUGUCAUUUUUCUCCAUUUUUCAGUUGAGCAUAUGAUAAGCCAACCAUGAAAAUCUGUUUUUAUUAAUAUUCCAGCGAAAUCCUAAUAUCAUCUGACCAAAAUAUAAGUGUAUCGUCUUCAUACAAUAACAUUUUUUUCUUUUUAAUUACUUAAUGUUAUUUUUUCUCCAUUUUUUAGUGAACUUUUGAUUAGCCAACCAUGAAAAUCUGUUUUUAUUAACGUUUGUACAGCAUCCGAAUAUUUUGGGAAUUUAGGUUGUACAUUUAACAGCUAAAUGACAACAGGAUGAGAUUCUCAUUUGAAUAAAAUAACAGCAAAUUUCUUCCAGGAGCUUUGAAAUGAAAGAAAAUUAGGAUCUAGAUAUUCAGAUAUUGUCGUUUUCUUUUUGGUUUUUGAGUUUUAUGUUGGAACCGAGUGUUGAACUUCUCUCUUUUGGUCAAAUCUGAAGCUAAGUUUGCAAAAAAGAUGGAAAAAUAUAUAAAUGUUAGAAAAAAGUGAGGCUCUGUUGUGAAAUUGUCUUUUUUAAUGUUAAACUCGUAAAUAAUUUACAGAAGUAUAAAGUCACCCUCUUUAUAUCUUUGCGGGCGCUUUGCUGAUGUGUCUGAAAUCAUUAAAACAUCAUUGUUUCUGAAAUGGUGAACACCCAGAUUUCAUUAACAUAGAUGUCAAAAUAACAGUGACGCCCUUUUACAGAGAGCUCAUAGUUGAAUGAUUCAGAGUGAGACUGAAACAAAGCCAAGCAGAUCAAAGAGGGCAGAAAGACCAAGCUCUCUCACAAUAUAUUUCAGCCGUAGAGAAACCGGGAAAAUGUGUGACAUUACAUGAGCAGUGUGAGGAGGAGGAGAAAUGUGAUAAUAGGUGGGGGUGACAGGGAUGGGAGGGGUGGUGGAGAUGUUCUGAGGGUGAAUGGAGGAAGAAAAGCAACGAGAGAAAGAAAAGGUUGGGGAGAGAAGAGAAGGUGUCGGAGACUGAGGAAGUGAGAAAAGGAGAUGAGACGUGUUUUUGAGGUGUUUCCGUCUGCAACUGUCCGAGGAACUGACGUCAGCCGAAGUGUGGAUGUUCUUCCCCUCAGAGAUAGAGAUCGAAUUUCACGACUUUACGUUUCUUAUUUUUAAGUCAGCUUAGCUACCCUGUCACGAAAAAAGACAAAAACCCUUUGACUUUCUGAUUUACUAAGAUAAUUAUCUCUGAAGUACAAGAUUGAUUGACGAGAGAGAUGAAUGUUGCCGACCGCUUGCUUCUCUAGUUAUACCAACUUUAGUAACGACCGCAUGAUAGCAAUACACAACGGUUUGAGGAGCCAUAAACAAACCUCAACUAAAACACCACUCUAUAGCCACAAAUAAUGCUCAGAACAGCACCUAACUUCAUCAACAGAACAUAUAGGGUCCCAGCCACCAAACAUCUUUUUAACUUUGGCUAAUUUCUUUUGCAAAGAGACUAAACACAGCUCAACUACUCUCUUCCAGCAGCCGCUUGUUUGUAGCGAGACCUUGGGCCAGUCCAUUACGGACUACAGCGGGGGUGACGCAGCCCAAGGAAGAACAUGAAUGACCCUGAAUUAUUUUUACGUUGGAAUAUCCCUUUAAGGGAUCUGAAUGGUCGCCUCUGUUGGGGUUUUGGGGAUGUUCAUAUCUUCAUAAGCCAAUAAAACAGAGCGGAUUUAUAGUUUUUCGUACAAAUGUUUCUUGUAAUUCCUGGAUGGUUAUCCCAUCUUCCGAAAACAACUUUUUUCUUGAAUAAAUGUCUCCUGUAAAAUUCUGUAUUUCUAUCAAGCACCUCCAGUGUUUAAAAGUUAAAAAAAAAUGCCAAAAAAUUCUAAAAACUGCAGUUCCCUAACAGUCCACUAGAGGCUGGCUCCGAAAGCUAAGAAAACCCCAUUAGGCCCCAUUUGAAAAGGCUCAUUUUUACAGCAGAGUUAGACAGGCGUAAAAUAUUCAAGAAGAUAAAUUUUGUAGACGUUUAAAUGGAAAUUUUAACAACUAUAAAAGUCUAAAUUAACACAGACCAAUACAGGAUGGCUACCGUUAGCAGAGCUAGCACUACCCGGUUGUGAUUUGGACAUGUGCAGCAGCAUCUAAGAGUUGUGUUAAGACAUUUUCGGUAGUUUCGGUAGAGAAAAAUAAGAUAACCACCAAUUGAAACCUUAAAAAGCUACAAAUUACUCACACGCAUGAAAUAAAAUCUGUGCUUUCAUGCAGUGCAUCUUGAGAUCGGCUCUAAAAGCCUCUUUUGUCCCUCACCUCAUCUGCACUUCUUUGAACAAGCGGCUCUGCUGUGGUUAAUUUUAGGAUUACAGCGCGCCUUAAGCUCCAGAAUCACAAUUUUUAGUCGAAAAUUAAUGUUCUUGUUCUGCCUCUUGUCCGCGGAGGAUUUGCUCUUUCCACCUCUUUCCUCUUCAAAUGAUGAGUUCGCACCGUGAACUUCAACCCCUCGAGGAAAUGAGAAGCCAUUAGAGUGACUGCUCGGCCAUCUGGCUCUCAUCAGGAAAAGGGUUGUAGUCGGAUUCACUGAGAGCAGAACUUGCAUCAGGGCUGAGCUCAACAUCUCAACACUCCUUUUCUUCCUCUUCGUCUUCACCCCCUCCGCUCUUCCUUCCCCCUCUGCCUCGGGCUUUUCCUCGCAUGUCUCUUUAGAUUUUAUGCUCCUGCCCCUGAAACACACAGCCAAACACGUCAGCAGCUGAUCACAAGAGACCAGCCAGACUCCUGAUCUGAUUUUCUUGAUUAUUGGACAACAGAUCAAAACAGCUGACAGAGUUUCCCUGCAGGCGGACUGUGUCGCAGCAUUUCUGCCUCUUAAUUAGCUUCCCUGCUUCCCUACCUGGCCACCUGUCUGCCCGGCUGUGACAAUCCUUUUUCAAAGCCGAGCCACGAAUUCAGAGGGGUAAAAAAAAUCUCAUAUAAUCCUGAUUAUUUUACUGAAAAUGGCGGUGAGAAAGGUCUAGAUUUGGAGAGGAAUUAAAGGUAUUCUGUAAAGACUACUGUAAACAUUGGUCACUACUGUCCAGGAGCAACAGAUUGUACAGAAAUUUAGGUGUAGCUGCACUGGCUACAGAAAAAAGACACAGUGUUUGAGAAAGGCCAGUUGGUAACCUACAAGACAAAAUUCAGGGGACAGGAAAACUACCAAAGAUGAAGCAUCGGGAACGUUUUCUACAAGUUAUCGUUUACCAGGUGUGAGGUGUAGACAAUCAGAUAUUGGGUAUUUAGUAUCAGAGUGUUAAGAAUAUGGUAUUAUUAAAUCUGAGUUUAGAUACUUGGUACCAGAUAUUGGAUAUUUUGGCGUUGAGAACCAGGUAGGGCUGGGCGAUAAACCGAAAACUUACCCAUACUGAAAUUUACGACAAUAACUAACGUCAUUUUGCCCAUAUCAGUAUAUUUGGUGUCAAAUAAAUAAAUCAAAGUUUGUUUUGGAUGUGUGUAGGUACACUAUGGUCUCAUGUCCCUUUAAGACGCUGUCCUAUGCAAGAGACGUGACUCCACCCCAUCCAGUCCGUAACAAAGCGGGAAAGACAGGUGAGGAGAUGGAGGACGGUUCAGAUGUAGACGCAUUUAAUGUGGAGGUAUAUAUGAUAUAUCAAUAUAUAUCAAUAUAUCGUGAUAUUGAUUUGAGGCCAUAUCGCCCAGCCCUAGAACCAGGUUUGAAUGUUUAAGAAAGAAACCCAACACAGCUUCAGUUGACUCAGGUGAUUAUUCAGUCAACGCAAUUCUUGAGCUCCAUCACAAACGUAAGGCUGACCAGAAGAAGACCCUAGAUUAUCUGUUACACCCUGAUUCAUGGAUUGUCCCUAGAGGUAGGGCUGAGCAAUAUGGCCUCAAAUCAAUAUCACGAUAUAUUGAGCAGUUCACUUCGAUAACUCCCACAAUAACUUUGUCUACUUCAGCCGCCGCUCCAACUUUUGAACCAUACUCCAUCUGCUCACCUGUCUUUACCUCUUUGUUACGGACUAGAGGGGGUGGAGUCGCGUCAUGAGACCAUAGCCUACCUACACACAUCCAAACCCAACUUUUAUUGAUUUUUUGACACCAAAUAUACCGAUAUAGGAAAAAUGGCAAAUGGUAAAUUUCAUUAUCGAUAGAUUUUCGGUUUAUCGCCCAGCCCUACCCAGCAGUGAGGCCGCUGGUUUUCAGUUUUGACCCCUUAAAUUAAACCGUAAUGAUAGUUUUUCCUGGUCACAUGACACAUCUACAGUCGACUUUAAUUGGUCUUUUUUCUCGUACGCCAGCGCUGCUCUGACUUCUCUAAAACUGUCCGGCUCCUCGAACCCUCCGGCCGCUUGUCUAAGUGUUAAUUUCAUCUGCAGUUUUCAAACAUGACAGCUGGUUGUUAAAAACCUGUUAAUACACUGUUAUUUUCCAGCAGAUUGCAGGGAAAUAAAUGGAUCUGAAAUAAGUGCAAUUUGCCGCCGUGACCCUCAAUCUCGCUCUUUCAUUCUUUGUCAGAAAAGGGCGGAGAGGUUUGUUGGUUAUAAUUGUCGGAAAAUGUUCUUGUUUCAGUCCGGAGAGCAGAAAAGGAGAGGUUUCAGAUUGACGUUUUUUGAUCUCAUGGUCACAAGCGUGUCUCACGCUCUGCCGCAUCCGUGCUCACAAAAGCCCGCAGUCUGGUUUUGAUGAAGGAGCAGGAGAAAAGAAGAAGUGAGGAGGAGCUUCAAGUGAGGAAAAGGAGCGAUAAGAAGCGGAGAUAUUUUUGACUUCCCAGCAGGAAGUCUGAAGAGGCUGAUGCAAGCUUCACAAUUUGCACCUUCUUCUUCUUCUUCUGCGACUUCUGCUCCAAGAGACGAUGCAGUCAUGUUUUUUUGUGUACCGGAAACACACGCACACAUUCACGGCAAAAAAAUCCUGCUACCUCAUCCCGUCUCCACACACAUCCAGCCCCUCCUUUUCUCAUCCUCUCUCCUCCCAGAGGCACAAAGAUAUUUUUAUCUUCCAUAGAGCCCAAACGCUAAUGAAGCAUCGACGACACAAAUACAUUUCUCUGAUUCCUCAAAUCUGGCUCCUACUACGGCGACCGCUCUGACACACGUCUGCAUCUCAAAGAGCUUUUAUAAACAUGUAACCAGAAGAGACGAGGUUUUCGUUUGUGUUUUUUGAAGCGAAUCGAAGAUUAAAAAUAAUCACUCGAUCACAAAGUCGCUGCUUAAGUUGCGUUGUGUGUGCGUGAGAGAGGCGGCGAGCUGAGAUGAUCCCGUUUGUUUCCAGUCCGUUUGUUUGUUUCCAGCGAUUUGGAGAGAAACAGCUGACAGUGUCAUGGAAUAAGAGUGACAGCUCCGCCAACAAAAUAUUACACUCUAUUCAGGGGGACUCUUGAAAUGAAGAGAGAGACGGAGAGGAGGGGAAUAAUUUGACAUGUUUGGAAGAGAAAGAUGAAUUUCUCUCUCCAAGAAACUGCAUUCGUUUUCAGCGUUAUGAUGACAGCGAUCUACAGGAUGACGUGCAGAUCUGCAGGUCCAGUCAGAGUGUGCGAUCAAGACUUUACCUCAAAUGUCGGGUCUAAGAAUAAGAAAGUGUGUCCGACUAAAAGUGGAUCUUUAAAAAACACGUUAAACUCGCUAAAACCGCAUUAAACGAACCUCUCAAAGGUCAGGUUAGCUCAGUCCGGCUGAAACCCAAGCGUUCUGCUCAUGCUCAGUACUCUCAUGAGCUGGAAGUUGAGUAGCAUGUGUUGCUAGGAGACCGAGUUGUAAACAAACCCCCAAUAGACAAAGACAAAACUCCUAUCGCGCAAAAAAAUUAUACUUGUAAAAGUGACAGUAAUUUCGUCACUUUACGUACGUCCCGUUAGCAUCUUGCUAACACGUUUUGUCGAUUGUUUUGAUAUGUAAUCCGAAUCUUGUUGGUAUGAUUUACCAUUUACCAGUAUCUCUCGUCCUGCGCCGAUGAUGAGGCUAAUGGUGCGUUCGAGUUACCAGCGUUUCAGGUACCAAGUCAGGAAAAAGCGAAAUCGGAGGCAGAAACAAGAUGGCUACAUAUACGAAAGUUAUUUUUGAUGGUAGCACAGUGCAUCAACAGUUAAAAGUAACAGUAAAAGCUUUCGUAAUGUGUUAUUUAUUAGCGCUUCUGUUUUGUUUUUGUUAAAUUAAAUAAGUGGUUUAUGUUGUUCUGCCCAACGUCUAACUGUGAACACGGUGCUGUGGUGUUUGUAAGAGUAAAAUACUGUGUUAUACGUUGUUUACAACUGGUAUAGCUAACAAGUAACAACAGCUGACAAUGGCUAACAACAGCUAAUAACCGCUAACAACAGCUAACAACCGCUAACCAAAACCUAACUUCAGGCGUCCAUUUUGUUUUUUUUGACUUGUUUACUGGAACGCCGUCAACUCGGGUGUAACUUCAUUCCCGGCUCAGACAUCUAACUUCCGAGGUAACUCGAACGCAGUAUUAGACCAACGGUGUCAUGGUUAAAACCGCUGCCUUGACACUAGCAACUUUCGGCUGUUAUGAUAACGUUGUUGUCAUAGCAACAGGCUGACGCUCCCCAGUUUUCAGACUCACGUAUCCAACCGUAACACCAAUGCUUGCUGAGACUGUGCUUAACAUGUAAUUGUUGACCAGCUAACGUUAUUUGGAAGUGGCUGAAUUCUAAUGCUAGCUGUGCUCUGAUGUUAGCAAACAGGCUCGUUAACUAAAAUGUGUAUUUUUAAAAUUAAAGUAACCUGAUCUCUCUGGUCAGUGUGACAGCUAACCAAUCAGGGAGCUGUAAAAAAUAACAAUAAGUCAGAAUAUCUUGUUUUUUUUAAGACACAAACAUAAUAUUAACACAAGCCGAAAAUCCCUUACUGAAGCUUUAAUAAACAAAGAACACUUCUAUAUUUAACUCUAAUUAGUGAAUAUUUUAGGGUUUUUUUUUCAAGUAUUUCUAUAUAGAUGUUUUAGUUUCAGUUGAGCAAGACCUGGAUCAUCAAAACUGAAGUAAAUCAACUAUCUGGUUCCAACAUCCGCAGUUUUAAUCCACCUCAAAACCCUUCAUGUCUGCCGACUGCACCUUCUUAUCAGUUACUAAAGGUUACUCACUUGAUAACGGUAGCUUAGCCUCGGGGAAGCAGGAUUUUAAUGGAUUAGGGAAUUAAACCUGGAUGCCGGUGCAGCAGGGCUGUGAGGGUUCGUUGCGUGACUGCACCACAGUCGUCGUCUCUCUUGGCUCGACCGCCGUCACUUCUGGGUCAGCGAGUCAGCGAGGUUUGUCCAGGAAUAAACAGAGCUCGGCUUUGAUUGGACGGAGCGCAGAGAUCCGUGUACCUGUGUUUAAAAAAGGGUUAGAUAUUUCCCUCCUGGUGUAACACGUUCACCUUCAUCCUGCUCAGUUUCACUCUUCUCAUUUCUGUAUUUCUCCCUUCAUCUCCACGCUUCACAUCUGGCCUCUGUCCUCUCCUCUCCGGUUCGAGUCGUGACCAUCUGGUCUUUUCCUGCAGCCACUUGAACAUUUGCCAGGUCAGACUGUAGGCGGAGCAGACGACGGCUCCAGAAACUCAUCCGUCCUGAAGAAAAGGUGUUGGACACAUGUGGUUCCUGUAAACACAGAAUCACAACGAAAAAUAUCAUGACCUAAAGUAUAGAUAAGUACGGUGUAGAUACGUCUGAUGUAUCAGCUGAAAAAUGAACAGCUUUAUCAAAUUACAGUUAAGUCCUGCUAAAACUAGGGCUGGGUGAUACAGCCUCUAAUCAAUAUCAGGAUAUAUUGAGCAGUUAACCUCGAUAACCAUAAAUGGACUUUUUUUUGACAUCGAAUUUACUGAUAUGGGCAAAAUGACGGCAGUUAUUGUCGUAAAUUUACGGUUUAUCGUCCAGCCCUAGAUAAUAACUUCAUUUCCUGGAAGAUAAAUUACAAAACAAAACUGACACACUUUGUGCCCUUUGUGUGUUUGCUUUGGCGCCCCCUGUGGACAAAGCAGUGUUUGCGUAAUUUGUGCUCUACACGCACAAACAGUCUUUGAGUGAAAAAGCUAAUUCUUCUGAUUUUGAAGGUCAAAACUAUCAUCGUUGUCACCACUUAUGUGAAAACUCCUGUUUCUACAGCUGAUCCGCCGACACCUACCCCAUUGCGCCGGAUUCAGGCGUUAAAAAUGUGGAUAUAAAAAUCGUCAACCAUGUUGCAAAUGGUCUCGUUUGCUUAUAGAUAUCUUAAUGGUGUUGUGUCGUUCAUGAAUGUUUCAUUCAAAAGAACAGAACUGCUGAGUGAACGACUUGAAUGGAAUCACUCAGAGAUCUGAUUCGUUCCUUUCUCAGUUCAGUUGAGCUCAGCCGCGAGCCUGGCGUGCCAGUCGGGAGUGGAACUGCCAGCGACACACAGCCAGGCAGCGAGCAAGCGGGUGGGUGGGCGGAGUCUCGUGAUUUGCUCACAGUAAAUAAACAACAUGUAUCAGUCAGUCUAUGAACGAAACGAACGACUUCUGAACGACUUGAGGCAGGCAGAUAAGGGAGGCGUGUAGUAUCGUUCACAAACUCCAAAAUACCGGUUCGUUCACUGAGGCUGAGAUAAAACAGGUCAUUAUAGCGCCUUUACAUAAACAUACGUCUAUAAACUUCCCUGUAAGAAGAAUUUAAUUUCAGCCGAUUUAAAGCAAUACGCUAUUUGAUAUCUUUAAAAGUAGCCGAAUCCCUGCGAUAUAAAACGACGAUGACUCGCACUCGUUUAGCGGACGUGCUGCUCGCUGACGUGUUGUUUCCACCGACGGCGACACACAGAGAGGUUAGUUUUUCAAGGAAGGAGAGUGAUUCUUCCUUCACGACUUGGCGAAUGAACGACAUGUGCCACCCAGCAAACUAUGCUUCGACUUCAAUGGCAGGGGAGGGGAGGGGCUUGAGCGAAUCGUUUUAAUGAACAGAUUCUAAAGAUUCAGUUGAAAAAACUGUUCUUCCCAUCACUAUAUCCUAAAAAGGCACCAACAUGAAUUUCAGUCGAUUUCACAAAUGUUCAAAAACUCCUCACAGGAGCUUUAAUCUGACCUGUUCCUACUGUGUCGCUCUAAUAUCUGAACAUCUCUCUGUUGUCAUCUCAUUACUAGCUUAAACACAGUCUGCUACCUUCAUCAUCAGCUAAGCCAGUUGGCUGACCUGCGGCGGCACUUUGAAUGUCUGUCACUGAUUAUAUAAGCUUAGAGUCCGCGGUCGUCUGUGCUCGUUUAGAUCCGGGUAGUAGAUCGAUCGGCUAAGAUAUGAAUAACUGUUUGAUGAAGCAGCAUCUGUUGUUUAGCGAAUACCGCUGCUGUGGAAAGCUGCACAUGCACUCUCGAGCCUCUAUUUUUAUUUCACACGUGCACGCCGCCGUCUCCGUAAAACCCGAGUGGAAGAGCGAGAGAGCGGGAGAGAAGAGGAAGAGGGUUGUGUGGAACAAUGCAGCGGGGAUUAGCUCCAGAUUUCACUCGGAUGCCGAGUCCAGCUGCUGCUUUUCUCCUCCUCCUCCUCCUCCUCCUCCUCCAUCCUCUCUCUCUCUCUCUGUUUCUUUCUGUCUUGUUGGCUGCUGUUUCUUCCGCUGCCCUUAAACCCGGGGCCAGGAAGUGUGUCCAUGGUGACGACAGGAAGUAAAGCCUCGGCUGGUCAGUUGCAGCCAGGUCUCUGAGGCACGCAAACGCAGCAUCUCCUGCUUUCCUUCAAAUGUGGUUAAUUUUCUUGAGUGAGUGAAUUCAUCUCGCUUCAAACUGCGAAGGAAAAGCGCGUUAGUGUGUCGUCAGGGUUCAGAGUCGGAGUUCAGAUUUCUCACUAAGUGUUGUGGGUUUUUAUCUGUUUGUCUCCUCCUAAUGAAUCACUCCUCCUCUGUAAAGAACAGCACAUUUUCCUCCAUCUGUUCCACUCCGGAAUAACAAACCCACUUCGACACUCUCUCACGUUUCCAUGUUUUCACAUUCACUUCGAUUUUCGCCGCUGAAACUCUCCCUCCUCUCUCUCUCUCUCUGUGACCUUUACCCUCUGGCGUAAUGCAAGCCUGUGCCAAAAAAUAAGGGGUAUCUGUAUGCAGGACACAUGCGCACGGUGCCUACAGUGUGUGAGUGUGUGUUUGUGUUUGUGUGUCACUUGGGAGGAUUGAUUGUUGGCUCUGCCUACACAAUCUCUCCACUGCUGUUCUUCUGUGGCUGAGAGACAAACGAGAGGGAGGAAAAUACUGACAUACAUGUAAACUGACGAACAAACGUACUUUUUAUCAUGCAGCUCGGAUAAAUACGAUCAUCGGGGAGGUAACGACACGUUUGAGCUAUGAAACGAUGCGUAUCCUUUUUUUUUAAACUUUUAUUUAUUCCACAAUGAGUCAGGAGAUUCAUCUUAAAGAACAACAAUACAGAAGGGAUUUUUUUUCCCCCCUCAAACCCCCCCACCCCGCCCCUCCAGUCCCCCCCCCAAAAAAAAAAAAAAUAAAAAAAAAUUCCCAACAAAUACAUACCAGAAAAAAAAUACAAUAAAAUAAAAAAUAAAUAAAGAAUAAUAAAUAAAAAAAAAAGGGGCGAACUGCGUGAAAAGUAAAUGAUGAUGCGUAUCCUGAUGAGAAGAAUCGCGAAAUUACAAAAUAUUCAGAGGCGAGUUUUGAUGCGCCUGACUAUAGACAUCAAGCCCAGUGCGAUUUUGUGACUUUCCGGUGGGGAAAAGACGCAUCCCGGGGAAGACUUUUCCAGGGGAAAGUCCCGCCUCCUUUGUCUCUGAUUGGCUAGAAAAGCUGGAAACGUCAUCACAUGCUCAACCCAAACGGUCAGCACUUAAAGCCAAUCAGAGGCGAUAAGAUAAGCACAUGAAACUAUAGUAACAACUGUUAGCUUACGUUAGCACAGAUGAAAGUUAAAACAAAGAUGUUUAUCAAACUGUUAAAACACACAAACCAUCGUCAUGUGAGGAAUCCAACGCUAUGACUCUCCACAAGUUGUCCUUCAGGUCGUUAUUUUUGUAAUAUUGGUGUAAACGAUCUCAAACAGUCAGCUGGUCGGCCAUGUUGGAUAUACCGGUGAAUCUGACGACGCAAAAACAUGAAAUCUGAUUGGUCAGAAGUGGACACACAGUAUGAGAAACUUUAGAAAAUUCGACCAUGAUCCGAAAAAAUAAAUGCCGCAAUAUCGCAGGACGGGAAAACGUCACUGAUGUGAACGCUUCUAAUGACGUCCGAAAUAAUCGCACGAUAAAGACGCUCCCGGUGUGAAAGGACCUUGACUCUCGUGGAGUCUGGGAGUUUAUUUGACAGCAGAGGAAAAGAGUCCAGUAUUUGAUUUGAGCUGCAACUGGACGCCAUCGGAGGAGGACGAAUAGUGAAAAGAUGAGCUGUUUUGGGGAAGUGUGCAGAAGUUUGUGCAGAAGUUGUCGGAAAUAAGUCAGGGGUCACUUUUUAAAUAUUGUGCCUAGUUAGAAGUUCUCUUAUUAGUAAUUCAGCUGCCGUUAGUUUUCUAAGACUCUCUUUUAUUUUCAAUUAAAACAGGAACUGUAGCUGAAACAGCCCUCAAUGAAAUAUGAUCACGCUUACAUUAGACGUUUAACUUAUAGAUACAAGAUCAACUCUUUCUGUGUAAAAAGUAACACCCACAAAGCUGUGUCCGACUGAAUAUCAGAGUGUGAAAUAAGGGUUUCACUGACACUCAAGGAAAACUACUCCACGGAUGUCCCCGUCUGACACAACGAAAGGUGAAAACGAGUGAAAUGAAUCUCCUUUAACCACUCGUGCCGACUCCUCACUUUCUCUAUUUCCUCUUCAAACAGGCGUUUGUGCUGAGUCAGAUUUUCCUCUCAUUUCUCUCCGAACAAACAAACCCUUUGAAGUUUCCGACAGUAAAAAAAAAAAUACAGAUUGAAAAUGAAACAAAGGUUCCAAGUUUGGGAGGAAACGACAAACGCAGAAGAAGAAGGGAGGGAAAUCUGAACGGCGAAGCUCGUUUUGAAUCUACCGCACUAUUUUUAACACGCAGCAAAUCUUCUUUACUCCUCAAUGAAAAAUGGGCCAGUGGCCUAUAUUCUCCGGCGCUUCGCUGCUUCUCCCCAGAUUAGCGCUUCCUCCGUCCCUCCGUAUCCCUCCCUCCCUCUCUCGCUCUCUCGCUCUGGGCUCCUGAACUGAUAAGUGCUGGCAGUCCUCGCUGCCUCAUUGGACACGAGGCCGUCAAUAAGGAAAGAGACCACGCUUUCCUCUUCUUCUUCUUCUCUUUUCUGCCUUCUCAUCCCAUAAUCCCAUCCAGAAUAAAACGACCGACUAGAUAAGGCUUAAUCUUGUGAUAAUGUGCUGCGAAUUUCUUCCAAAACACGAAGAAACAAACAGCGGGAUUUGCAGGAGUAGUAAAACAAGGAGACAAGAACGAUGUUGUUACACGAGGUGUUUUAUUUGGCGAGCGAACGCGGGGAGAUGUUCCCAGCCGGAGAGACAUCAAAGUAAGAUUAAUGGUCAGAAAUCAAUUUUAAUGUUUCCCCGCAGCUCCCGCGAUGAUCCCUACUUCACAGCCUGCCCGGUUUGUCUGUGAUAAACGCUCCCGAGAGCCCCGAAAGUGGGGGGGAAUAAAAGUGGAAAAGCAGGAGCAAAGGAGAGAAAGAGGGAGAGGAGAGAAAGCAGGAAAGAAACGGCGAUCCAGUCGGGAAUGAUGUGGAUUAGAGGAGGCGGCGGAUCCGGCAACCUUAGAGCGUUGAGUUUGACCUUUCCACGGCAGGAUUGUGCUUUAAUUUGAAAAGUCUCUCUGCGUGUGUGUGUGUGUGUGUGUGUGCGUGUGUGUGUGUGUGUGUGUGUGUGUGUGGCAGAUGGCUUAGCAGUGAAAAAUGACAAGCCGUACAAGCGACAUAAAUGUCAUCUUCGUUUAAAAUCCACCUCACUUAAACAUCCAUUUGGUAAAACCGAACAUCUGCUAUUAAUAGCUGGAAGUCAAAGCGAGCGCUUCACCAUUAGUGGACUAACUGAACUGUUAGCUCAUCACGACUACGAAUAAAACAUAAUGUGUCCAUUACCGAGUCCAUUUUAUCGCGUCGGGGACGUGAUUAGUAUAAAUCGUGUCAGCAAAAUGAAGAUAUCCACCGACCUUGAAAUGGUGUUUCUAGAUCGUCAUAAAGCAGAGGUGGGGGCUUGACGACUCGGCUCGAGACUUGACUUGGACUUGAGUCCCAUUUUUGACUUGCUUGAUGAAAUCAAGAAAUGACUUGGACUUGCUUGGGAUUUGAUUGCUAAAGACUUGAGUCUUGACUUCACUUGAGCCCAGUGACUUGAAAAGUCAAGUCAAGUCUUUUCAAGUCACUUAAUACCUUACAGCCCAAACCGUUUAAAAAGUGUCGCAUCAACUAAUAGUCAGGAAUUACGGCCGUUGGUAACACCGUGUUGUGUUGCCAAGUCUGCUUGUUUUUGGCUUGUUUCUGGAGGUCUGUUUCCUUAUUUCUCUCACGAAACUUGGCAACACUGUCUCAAACUCUAGCCUCCCUCAUAACGACAACAGCGGGAGGACUGAACAUAAAUCGCUCGGUGGGACUUGGUUGGGACUCGAUAUCAAAAGUUCAGGACUUGGACAUGACUUGGGUCUUGUCUGUGUUGACUUGGACUUGACUCGAGACUUGAGAGCAAAUGACUUGGACUUGAUAUGACUUGUUUUUGACUUCAAAGAAACGGUAAGGACUUGGGACUCGAAGCAAAAUUCCUAGGACUUGGUUGGGACUCGAAACCAAAAGUUCAGGACUAGGACUUGACUUGGGACUUGUUCGUGUUGACUUGGACUUGACUUGAGACUUGAGAGCAAAUGACUUGGACUUGAUACGACUUGUUUUUGACUUGAAAGAAACGGUAAGGACUCGGUUGGGACUCGAAGCAAAAUUCCUAGGACUUGGUUGGGACUCGAACAAAAAGUUCAGGACUUGGACUUGACUUGAGACUUGAGAGCAAAGGACUUGGACUUGCCUCGGACUUGAGAACAAAGACUUGAGACCCGACUUGGACUUGCAACAUAGGGACUUUCCCACACCUCUGCCAUAAAGUACGAAUUCGCUGUUCUCAUCGUCAGCUUGAGGAAGUUCUCUGAGUGUUUCUUCAUCAGACGAACAAAAACCACGAGUUGAUGCACUAAGAUGUGUUCAUUCAGAUAAAAUACAGAGCGUGUUUUGAUUUCUGCUUCCUGAUGUGACCACUCUGUUUUUUUCUCAGGCGGUUUUGGAGACAACUGCUGAAUUGUCGCAGAAACUGAGAUAAGCACAGGCAGAGAAUCAAAACUCAAACUGUGCCCGGCCACCUCAGUAAAAAUGAAAAAAGCAGACACAGCUGCGUGCUAACUGCAGGGUGUCAUUCUGCGGCGCAGCAGGGCAGCGCGGUGCAGCGGCAGCAGCGGCAGCAGCGGAUAAAUCUUUUACAUGUUGAUGUGCGGCGAAGGCUAGUUGCCCCCCGCAGGGAUCGGACAGCGUUUCCUCCUCCUCCUCCUCGGUUGCCAUCUGCAGGGGGCGUCUGUUUGUUGUUUGCUAUUGGAAAAGAAACCCGCAGAGAGGAAAGUUGGAUCCGUUUAGCUCUGAAGGCAUCGAACACUAAUCGAUGUUUGGCUGUUUGGUGGGAGUCGGUCCGAUUCUGCAAGAGUGGACGGAAAAAAAGAAGAGAUGCAGCGUUCAAGAUCAACAUUUACAGAUAACAGAUCAGUCUUUGGAUUUGAGGCACAAUUUGAUUCAACAACAACUUUUCUUCUGCAUUGUCAGCUUUAGACAAGAGAGUGCAACAAAUGAAAAAAGACGGAUAUGGAAGAGGUUAAGCAGGCCGCCCAAUACGGUCCAUGUAUUAUCCAUCCAUUCAAUUAAGUCAACAGAAAACGAAAAAACGAGUCAACAUUUUGUUUAUUUGUUUUUCUGUAUGACCAAAAAAUUAAAAAAAUAGUGUUUCUCAUUUACAGUUAUUGAUUUUGAGUGUGCCUGUUUUGAGCAUGAAGAUUACAUUGGCCUUCCCAUGAUCCUCAGCGACGGUUACCAUGACGAAAGAUGCGACAGAGCGGUUCGAGCGCCAAAAUCUUUCGUUGUAACAGAGCUCUGGUUGUAAUUUUCUUCUACAGUCAGAUCUUCCUCCUUCAGCGUUGAAUAAUAUGUAGGCUAGGUCCGUCUCCAUGACAGCAAGUUAGCCUUUCUCUACCGCUCUGGACUUCCGAGGUAGCUGAAACGCAGCGUAACACCUUGGGUUUCUUUAGUCGAAUUUCGAGGCUUUGGGUUUGUUUUAUAUGUUUAUCUUAAUUUUUUUGUGGUGUGACAAAUUUGAAAAUAAAAUGCCCAAGUAUUAGUGUUGAAGAAUAAAGCCAAAAAAGUGCAGUUCCAUGAUUGUCCACUAGAGGCUGGCCUCAAAUGGCAAAAGAAUCCUGUUAGCAUCCAUGUUAAAUCUCUAUUUUCGCUAAACAUAUACAGCAAGGACCAUUCCAAAGUGAUAACCACACACAGUUCAUGUACAACGUCAUCUCUAUUUUCUAAAACUGCCCUAUAGGAUGCUAUUCGUCAUCUGUGCUUGUUACAUCAAAAGUUUGUUUAGUUCGUCGUUUCAAGUAUUGCGUCUUUUUUUAAUGGCUUCCUCCCGAUCCUGUGGGAACCACAUCCAAGUUUUACACGGUCUAUGAAAAUGGCGCAGUGGGCUGCAGUGAAAUGAAUAAAAGAAGAAGUCGUUAGUUUCGCACUCAGGGGUGUUUAACGAUCUCCGCGCACAGAGACUUUUGACCUGAGAGGCAGAUUUUGGAGGCGGACAUUUGCACCAACCUGCGACCGCGAGCUCCUCUUCCUCCCACUCUGUAAUCCCUCACCGCUCCCUCUCUCCUGCUGCUUCUGCAACACUGAAAAUAAAUCCAGAGCAAAGAGAGGAUGGUUCACUCAGAAGACAAGGAGAGAAUACAGAUUUUCUCCAGAAUUGAAGUAAAUUUUGGGUAAAUUUUUGUGUAUUUUUCCUUUUUGAUGGAGAGUCGUGUGGUUUCAGAGUGAAGUCGAGGAGAGUUUGGUGGGAGAUUUUAAAGAUGGAGAGAGUGGGCGGGACUCCUACACUCUGCCUUUUGGUCCAAUCCAGAUAAACAUACAGAGAAAAACAAUUUAUCCUGUGUGUAGCAACUAAAACAAUAUGCGCUCAAGAUAUUAACUCAUGCCUACAAAAUACAGACUUGUUCCGAGAAGCUUCUCUCUUUUGUUCCUGUCUUGUUUAACACGCAUGAAAUAUUAACUUUUUGGGACUUGGGCAAGAUUUACACUUUUGUUUUGUCACAUCGGGCAAGAACACUUCAUGAUGCCUCCGCUUACUUAACCAGCUCACUAAUGACAUUAAGAUCUUCCUUACAAAAGACAUGACCCGAAUUAGCUUGUUGGUACACUUUGGAGGGUGUUACUUAAUGCCGUUACCUCACAACUUCACAUAUACUGACAAAGUAAAAAACAGGAUUUUCUUAAGUCUUUCCAAAUAUAAAAAAAUAUAACAUUUAACAGCAUAUCAAGGCUAAAACUGAUGACUGUUGUUCAGUGAAUAAUACAUUUUAUUAAUAUUAAUAUUCAUCUUGUUUAUUUUUCUCUUUCUUACUGAUCCCAGACAGCUGGGCGGAAAUCCAAAAGUGCUAAUAUUUUACUGAGCCGAAUAUUUUUCUGUCUAUUUUAUUUGAUAAAACAUUCAAUCGAAUUCAGCAAUCUUGUUUCUGAUUUUUCAGCAUUAUGAUUCUGGAAAAAGCAGCUUUAUGAUAUCGGCAUUAUAUAUAACGGCUAUUGGCCAAGCUGCUCUCUACAUAUUAGGGCACGACCGAUAUGGAUUUUUUUAGGCCUAUGCCGAUACAAAUCAUCUGAUUACCGAUGAAUCUGACAAUUUUUAAAAAAAUUUUAUGAAGUUAUAAAAUAUAUAUAUAUAUCACGUAAUGUGUGCUGUUGUUUAUUCUAGUGUUACUGGCACGGCUAACAGUGUAGCAAGGCUAAUAGCAGGUGGCUAACUCUAACUUUAGCUUGCAUAUUACAUGGUGAUUCACCGUUAACUCGGCAUGACCGAUACCAGCACGGCGGGGAACAUCGCAAAGUGGGUUGUACUGAAACUUGUUGACUUAUUGUGAAACAGAAUCUUAUUCUCCGCAAUUUAUUUCUGAAAAUAUCGGCAAAAAUCGGCGAGUUUUGGCCGAUUACCGAUUAGUCUCAAACGGGCUAAAAUUGGUCAAUUUAAUCAGUCAGGCCCUACUAAAUAUCGGUAAAUAUCGUCUCUCUAAAUAUCAGUAUUAGCAUCAGUCACGAGUCUCCAUCUGCAAUGAGGCAGUGAGGCCAAAAAAGUUCAAAUUAAAGCUCCUGUGAGAAAUUUUCUGUUUUUGUUGAUUUUGGCGCCCCCUUGUGGUCAAAGUGAGUCGUCUUGUUUCUUUGCUGGUCUUGUUUUUGACUUAGUUUCAAAAAGUGUGUUAUUCAAAGGUGUCGCCAACUUCCUGUUGUGACACCUACCCCCCGACGCAGCGGUUUCAGACACUAAAAACAUCGAUUAAAACCACUCGAUGUUGUUGCAGAUAGUAUUGUUUGAUUUUGUAUUCAUUUCAGCCUGUUUCAUAACAAGUUAAAAACUCCCUACAGGAGCUUUAAUUUUAGCCUCAUGUUUAAAUAAAGGUGUGACUGUGAUAGCACCAAAGAUGUCAAAUAAAAUGGUGAUUAUGAGUCUUUUCAAAAUAAGGAGUUUAUGCUUUGAAAAAUGAAAACAUAACAUUAUAAAUUAAAGCAGCUAUUAAAAUCUUUUCUCAUAUUUGCUCUCUGCCUAAUUUCUUCCAAUUAAAACACAAUGGAGCGUGCGCUUUUAAGUCCAAGGACGCAAAGACAAAAGAGCGGCGCAGAGGCCAGAGUCGCAGAUGAAGUUAAAAAGGGUGAAAGAGGAAAAGCAAACAAAGAAGAAACAGACAAAGAUGUCUGGAGACGAUGUAAAGACGACACAAAACAGCCGAUGCCUCCUUCCAGAUCUCUGUCAGGGAGAUUUUUUUGAACCGCUUUCCCGGUGGUUCGGUUGCCAUGGUAAAAUCCAAAGGCUUGUCUUUGCGCUGAAGUCCGGCACAGUUGACAGGCGCUCUGUUUGUGUGUGUGUCUGUGUGUGUGUGUGUGUGUGUGUGUGAAGCUUUGAGACCCGGAGAGAGGAGACGGUUACAGAGAGCCCGAGUGUGUUUAAUGAUCAUAUGAGCGUCACAUUGUGGAAGUCGAGGGAUCAACAAAGUCCUGCUGUUGUUUUCUUUCCAGUCAUGUGAGUUUUUCAGUUUUUACGGAGUCAUUAGGAAAUAUUUUAUGAGCAAAAUAACAUCAACAAGUAAAAAACAAAUGAGAAAAUCAACAUCCUGCCCACUCAUUUUUGUUACUGUGUCUGUUUUUUUAAUACUGUGGCGGUUUAUUAAAUUUAUUGGAUGAGUUAUAAUUGAUUUUAUUAAAAUGUUUGCACAAUAAAAAGCUAACUGGAAACAGCCAUCACAAUUUACAGUUUCAGUGCAAAAACUGAUUUAAAAAAAAUCUGAUAUAUGUCUACAUAAAAUUAAAUGUUCUUCAACUUGUCCUAUGUUACUGUCUUAAUCUCUUUAAAUCUAAAAAAUUUAAUAAGAAAUUAAGUCUAAAAUGAUUGAACUGAUUUUAGGAAAGAAAAUCCAGAAUUUUUUUGUCUAUACAGAUUUUUUUUUUAAAGCUCCUGUGAGUCAUUUUUUGAUCUGUGUCGAUUUUGGCGCCCCCUGUGGACGAAUCAGGUUAUAAAAGUAUAUCAUAAAAGUAACAUAAAAACUGUCAGUCAUGUUGCUGAUGGUCUUGUUUGUUUUUGAAGAUCAUAAAAGGCAUUAUUUUGAAUUUUUGUCUAUUUUAUAGCUGUGAAAAAACUCCAUACAGGAGCUUUAAGUUAUUUUUUUUCUUCUAUUUAUAUUUCCCAGCAAAUCCUUUAAUUUUAACUAUAAUUUCUUUUUUUUCCAUCCUUUAAAAUCUAAAUCGAUCCAGAAAAUUUGACAACAAUACUUAAAAAAAACAUAAACAAAGUAAAGUAAAAAAUUUUAUUCAUUCUGUAUUAUUUAGUUAUCCUUUUUUUUUUACUUAUGCAUGUAUGUCUAUUGGUUUAUCCUGUUUGUUUUUCCGUAUUACUACAAUGUGAACUGAAUAUUUGAUAUACAGGUAUGGGAUUUUUUUUUUUCACACCGCUGAUUUUGUCUCAGAUACUGUUCAAUGUUUAAGGAAAAACUCUAGAUAAAAAGUUCCAAAAAAAUAUAUAUAAAAUUUUAGAUAAAACAAACACUUGAACUGAAAACACAAACAUACAACUUUAAUGUUUACAUUCUGUGUACAGUAAUUAGCCUCAUUCAGGCUUUUAUUUUGAAAGGCUUGAGUGGUAAAAUGAGGAGAGGAGGGAGGUUGGUGUCUGCCCUGUCGCUAGGUAACAGUGUGUGAGGUCUCUAUGGCAACGUCAUUAAUGUAGGGAGUGAAUGGAGUUUUGGCAGCUGUUGUAUAUGUCUAUACAUGAAGUGUAUGUUUAGAUAUAUAUGUGUGUGUGUGUGUGUGUGUGUGUGCAGGUGGAGCGUCAAGUCACCGGAAAAUGACAGUGGAUGUUUCGUACAGUGUGAGGAAGCGUGACGGGGUCUAGAAUAACAGAUCCGGUUCUUUCAUGUGCAGAAGGACUCGGCAGAUAUCAUCACAGUGUUCACACCAAGGUCUCCUCCACUUAUACCUGUCAUUAUUAUUUGUACACACACCGCCCCCGAGCUUCGUACCAUAUAAUAAACUGAUCAAUGCUUUUGUUUGCACACUCUAAACGCGCCAGUGUGCGCUCCCGUCCUCAUUCUCCCUCCCUCUGUCUCUGCGAUGCUGUUGCACAUUUAUGAAACCCCUUUGUGAUGUGACAUGGAGAUAAAGACGGACGUGACAGAGAGGACUAAACAGCGACGGAGGGAGAAAAGAGUGACGAAAAAAGAGCUGUAGAGGAUGAAGAGUGGAUGGAAGGUGAAGAAGAGGAUGGUGGGAGGGAAAUAAAUCAGUCAAGAAACUUAUUUGUCAUUAAAUAUUGUUUUAAAAAGUAUAUAUAUGGAUGACAUUAGGGAUGCACCGAUCUGAUAUUUGGUUCAGAUAUUGGCUCCGACAUUGACAAAUUAACUGGAUCAGAUAUCGGAUGAAUGACGCCUAUCCAGCGUUUCGAUCCAGUCUUUUUUUUUUAACUUUAAAUACAUGGAAAUCUUAACUUUCCUCUGCUAAUGUGCAGUUUGUUAUUUGUUAAUUACGGUGGCCGAGAACUGCCACUGCUGCAAAUAAAAAAAGAAUGCAAAAAAAAAAAAAAAAAGAACCACAAUGGAAGUUACUGAUGACAAAAAAAGAAGAAACCGAAGCCUGCCGCAAAUAAAAUAAAAAAAGAGGCGGCGCAGUUAAAAAAAAAAAAAUUUAAAAAAAGCCACAAUGGAAGUUUAUGAUGACAAAUAAAAAAAAAACGAAGCCCACUGCAAAUAAAAAAAUAAAUGGUGCAAAAAAAAAAAAAAAAGCCACAACGGAAGUUAAUGAUGCAAAAAAAAUAAGAAAGAAACCGAAGUCUGACGCAAAUAAAAAAAAAAAAGAGGCUGCGCAGAUAAAAAAAAAAAACAUUAAAAAAGCCACAAUGGAAGUCAAUGAUGACAAAGAAAAAAAUAAAUAUAAAAACAAAGCCUGCUGCAAAUAAAAAAUAAAUGGUGCAAAAAAAAAAAAAAAAGCCACAACAGAAGUUACUGAUGACAAAAAAAAAGAAGAAACAAAAAAACAAAAAACAAAAAACAAAAAAAAAAAAACGGUGCAGAUAAAAAAAUAAAGAAUAAGAUAAAUUGCCACCACAACAUCUUGCAUAAAUAUGGACACAGCAUGUAACAAGUAGUACAUCAAACCUAGCAUACCAUAGGACAGUACAGUGAAGACGUCAUGACUUUUGCCAAAGCAACACAGCCGAACACUCUCGUCUGCUGGUCCCAGAAACUUUGACUUGAACUGAAUCCUGAACCGUUCGGCUGAGUAUCAGUUCAGGAAGUUGAAGUCACAGGCUUCUCUCGCUACAUGAUUCGUUGAUUUGGUGAACGACUCUUUUGAACGAAUCUUUUUAGUGAUUCUAGUGAUUCAGUACAUCUAAAAGAACUGCCUUGCCCAUCACUACUCUUGGAUCCUUGCUGAUUUCUUUCGAACCUAUUAUUAUUCCAUAUAAAUAUAGCCUGAUAUCUCUUUGUAAUUAUAAUUUCAGUGACGGUGCUUUUUCUCUCUCUCUCUCUUUUUCUGGCCUUCUUCUAUUUAAAGACUCACUCACACACACACAGACAGCGGGGACAGAGGAACGAGCAGACAAAAGCAUGUUUGUGUUCAUGAGAAUGUGAAGCACAGUGGGGCUCUAUGUAUGGAGGCAGUGUCAGGCUCGUCCCAGAGAGAGCAGGGAGGGAGGGGGGAGUGUUGACUAGAGCAGAUUUCACAAACUCCUCGCCUAGAGCAUGACUACAGUGUUGCACGAGGAGGAGCCCGAAAAAUCAAUUAAUGUGGAGACAACUCACAGAAAACUAGUUUUGGGUGGAUAUUCUGCUGCGUUACAUGUACUCCCAGUUAUUGGCUUACUCUACUUUUGCAUUCAUAUUCAAUUUAAUACUUUUAUGGAAGUUUUUCAUCCAUUAUAGACCUGAAAUUCUGGCUCCAUCUUUAGUAUUUUUUUUGUUUUUGUUACAGAAUAUCACAGAAAUUAGCUUUUAUUAUUCAGUGACAGUUUGUACCAUUAAAAACUAUAAAGAAACCCACACAAAGUGAUGACAGCUCUUCAUUUGCCUCCAAAUUCAAGAGUUCAUGUGACGAAACGAGACCUGUGUCAUCAGCAAAUAAAAAGAGGUCCCAGGAUUGAACCCUGGGGUACCCCAAAUAUUAGUUUUGCCCAUUUUUACAGUAAAAAAAUUGUUCUCUGUCGUAUGAUUAAUUCUCCCACCAUUAUAAACAACAUUUAUUUAAUCAUUUAACCCUCUUUAACUGAAAUCACAAAUUAUGGCCAGAAAAUUCAAUUUUUUUUGGAGCUGAAAUGUUUAUUUCACUUACGAAUAAAAAACAAAAAAAUCAAAAUGUCCUAAAAAUUCAACAAAUAUAUUUAUUUUAUCUAGUUUGAUACAUUAGAUGUUUUUGGAAACUGAUAAACUACAAGAGGACAUUUUUAUCAUUUAUUGGACUGUAUUCAGGUGUUUUUUCAGUAAUUUGUUGAUCAUAUUGAUUUGAUUGAAAUAUCAUUAAAGUAUGUCUUAAUUCGAAACAACAUGCAUGAAAGGGAUACAAAAAAGUAUAUUUGUAGUUUUCAUAAGUACAGUAAUAUUUUUAACAAAGAGAUCUGCAGUUUUUAACCACUUGCCCAAGACAGGAAGCUUGACGCACUGCGUUGCCCUUUCAAAAUAGAAGCACGAGUAUGUAUUAAAUAUGAUACAAAAGGCAUUAAAGGGCUAACUGUAAUUUUAAAUGUCUGAAAUCGCUGCAACUGGAGGGGAAAAGUGUCACAACAGCUGCCUAAUAAACAAACUUUUCAAAACAAAUAUUCACCCACCCCUGCUAUAGAGUGGCGUUUGGGUCUGUGUAUUGCUAUCGUGCGGUCAUUACUAAAGUUGGUAUAACUAGAGAAGCAAGCUGUCGUCAACAUUCAUCUCUUGAGGAGGUGUCUAACUCGGUGUUAUGGUGUGUUUGACCCUUAAUCAAUUUUACGCCAGAAUGUCCCUCUAAGGGCACAAUCAUCAAAAUAAACAAACAAAAGUCCCCUACUGGAGCUUUAAAUAAACUCAUAAGGGAGUUACAGGAAAAAAUGAACACAAGUAUCUUUUUAAAUGUGAAAAAAUUGACUCAUUUGUUGAAAUAAUUGAUGUUGUUCAGAUUCGGGCAGAGAGGGGGGGAGAGGAGAGGAAAACUAAGUGUAGCCACUCCAUCCAUUGUCGUGUUUUCCCCCCCUCUCUCCUCUGAAAGUACACAAAAGCAGCGCUGCUCCAUUGUGGUGCAAAACAGAGAGCAUGCAGGGCGACCUGAGUCGAGACGGGACCAACACACACACACACACACACACACACAUUCAUUCUUUUAGUCCGCCUCAGACACACACACACACACAGAGUACUGAGCCUGUUGUAUUCAGCGCAGUGAAGGUGCAUAUAUCUGCUCGCUCCCACGCAGAGCUUUGUGUUGAUUGAGCGACUUGCUCUGCUUAGAGAGGAGAUGAAUGUGACAUUUGAGAUUAAAACAAUACACACACACUCUUUAUUCACCCUCACACACACUUACACACACAAACACACAACAUACGAACAGCAAAAAGCGCUCAGUCAUGAUUGUGCUCUUCGCCUGAGGCUGGGUCGUGGAUAAGACAAAGCGUAUAUCGAUUAUCAGUUAUCAAUUAUGUUUUUAGUCCUUCAUUCCUAUCCGAGUGUUUCUCUCAAGAUGAUCAAAUACAGAGAAAAGCUGCUGCAUGAGAUGUUUAAAUAAGAACGGCUGCGCAGGAACAGCAUGGUGAUUUGGCGCCCUCUGCUGGCAGCUUCGAGUAACAGCAGCCUCUGUUAUUUAGGUCACUCGCUCAUCGCUCGGCUCUUCUGGGCUUCCUGUUUGCUGUGUUUAUCUGCGAUGAGUCUAAGGGGAUCAGAGGCAGACUGAGCUUCGUGCCAGAGCCCAUGAUGCACUGCAGCCUCUCGCCAGAUGCAUGGAUGGCAGGCGGCGGGGAAGGGGGGAGGGUCGGUGACACAGUUAAAGACGUUUAUGGAUGCACGUUUAUGAAGUAGGGAGAUUAAUUUUUUUUACAGUAGAGGGGAUGGAUACACGGUCAAGAGGAGGUCUGGCUGCAGCUCGUACUGCUUUAGAAAGUUGCCAAAGUGCCUCUGAGCAGGAGGAUGCUGGAGAGUCAGCUCUGUGCAGCUGUUUCAGGUGACCUUAAUCAUCGCUACACAGAUAAACGGCUCAGGGAGGGGAGGGAGGGGGAUCUCUGUGACAUUUUGGAAAUCCUGAGGCAGCAGUUUGAUUGGAUGUGAGAGUCAGGCAGGCGCUACCUUUAUACAACUUUUAUCUUUAAAUAUCAGGAGACAGCAAAAAGAAAAGUGUGCGGUCUUUGUCUUGAUUUUUUUACGCUUAUUUUUGUCACAUAUGGUUAUAAAUUGAAUAUUUUUGAUUUAAAAUACUUUUUGAUUAUCUAUGAUGCUAUUAUUAUACGGUACUGUUGGGCGGGAUGAACAAAAUCUUGUAUCACGGUUUGAGUAAUUUCAUAUCACGGUAUAUGAAUAUAUAUAUAUAUGCACAAAUAUGUAAAUACAUAUGCACAAAUAUAAAUAUAUAUAUAUACAAAUAUAUAUAUGUAUACAUAUAUAUAUGUAUAUAUGUAUAUAUAUAUAUUGUCAUAUAUAUAUAUAUCUGUGCAUAUAGUAUAUAUAUAUAUAUAUAUAUAUAUAUAUAUAUACCGUUACCAUGAUAUAUAUAUAUAUAUACAUAUAUACACACACACACAUAUAUAUACACAUAUAUAUGUAUAUAUAUAACACACACAGAUAUAUAUAUAUAUGUGUGUGUGUGUGUGUGUGUGUGUGUGUGUGUUUUAUAUAUUUUAUGUUAUAUAUGUAUAUAUAUAUAAUUUAUAUAUAUAUAUAUAUAUAUAUAUAUAUAUGAUAUAUAUAUAUAUAUAUUUUGAUAUAUAUAUUCAUAUCUGUGCAUAUAUAUAUAUAUAUAUAUAUAUAUAUAUAUAUAUAUAUAUAUUACCAUGGUAUAUAUAUAUAUAUAUAUACAUAUAUACACAUACACACACACAUACAAAUAUAUACACAUAUAUAUGUAUAUAUAUACACACACACAGAUAUAUAUAUAUAUAUGUGUGUGUGUGUAUGUGUGUGUGUGUUUUUAUAUAUAUAUAUAUAUAUAAUAUGUAUAUAUAUAGUGCUUACAGGAUAUGUAGAUACUUCACAUGACUGCCGACUUAGGAGCUAUCUGUCAUUGUUUGUAUUGUGUAUUUGUAUGUAUUUUCUUUGUUUAUUUGUUUGUGUUUAUUUUAUGUAUUUUUAUUAUUAUUGUUUUGUUUUUUUACAUGGGGCAUAUUAUUUGCAUAGAUUUUUUGUGAGUUGGUUUAAGGACCCCAGGAAGAAUAGCUGAGGCUCGGCCACGGCUAAUGGGGAUCAGAAAGAUGUGGCAGACAUCUGUUCUCUCUCUCUCUCUCUCUCUCUCUCUCUCUCUCUCUCUCUCUCUCUCUCUCUCUCUCUCUCUCUCUCUCUCUCUCUCUCUCUCUCUCUCUCUCUCUCUCUCUCUCUCUCUCUCUCUCUCUCUCUCUCUCUCUCUCUCUCUCUCUCUCUCUCUCUCUCUCUCUCUCUCUCUCUCUCUCUCUCUCUCUCUCUCUCUCUCUCUCUGGUUUAAACGGUAGAGCAAAAUUUCUACCGGAAGACACUUUUAUACCAUCGCACAGUAUAUAUACCCGCAUUACACCCAACACGAUUAUACUGUGUGCUUUUUCACUAAUACAUUGAUUGCAAACAAACUUAUAUAACAGCUGAGUGAUAUUCGGGUGUUUGCAGCCGCACAGAUAUGAAGAUGCAUAUGAAUAGUGUGACCCAAAUCUGUUUCAACUUGUGUCCCCAUGAAGCGUACAUGCUGCGUUCCCUCCCAAACUCGCUCGUGAAGAGCGCAGACGGACGUUACAACAUGUCUGUUUAUCCUUCUCCCUCUCUUUUCAUUGUGUUGUAAUUUUCUCACUCCAUGACUGUUUAUGAACAGCUCGCAUGCCAACGCACACACUCCUCCACACUCGCAGAUUCCUUGUCUUUGUGAGAGGCGACACUAGUCGUGCUUACAUGGACGGUAUUUCUUUGUUGAGGUUGAAGUCCUUCUGAGCUCAUUCAGAUACGAGGCAAGACGGUUGUAUGAUCUAGUGGGAAUGACAGAAAGAGCGGGGUAUCAUCUGCAUAACAUUGCAACUAGUAUAAAAAGCCAUGCAAGCAAUUUAGAUGUUGUAUACUGAAAGUAAUGGGGCCUAGCAUGGAUCCUUGGGGGACUCCGGUUGAUAAACCAUGUGGUUUGGGCAUUCCUACCCUCCACGAUACCCUUAAAGGGAUAUUCCGGCAUUAAAUUAAUUUAGGGUCAAACACACCAUAACACCGAGUUAGACACCCCAUUGAGAGAUGAAUGUUGCCGACCUCUUGCUUCUCUAGUUAUACCAACUUUAGUAACAACCGCAGGAUAGAAAUACAGAGAGACACACACAAACCUCAACCAAAACGCCACUCCACAGCCACAAAUUUAACUUUUUAACUUUGUCCGAUUUCUUUAGCAAAGAGUCUAAACACAACUCACCAAGACCUCAGGCGAGUCCAUUACUACAGUGGGGUGCCGCAGCUCAAGGAAGAACAUUUAUGAUCAUUUCUUCAUGGAAAUGAAAUCCGACCGAGACGCUAAGGCAGAAGAACUACCACGUCUGCAGUGCAAAAUGAUUAAUAUGGUGAUUAUUACUUCAAGGAAAUGAUAAAGAAAUGAUCACAAAUGUUCUUCCUUGAGCUGUGACACCCCGCUGUAGUCCGUAAUAGACCGGCCUGAGGUCUCGCUACAAACAAGCGGCUGCUGGAAGAGAGUAGGUGAGUUGUGUUUAGUCUCUUUGCUAAAGAAAUUAGGCAAAGUUAAAAAGAUGUUUGAUAGCUAGUACUAUGUCUGGGACUCUAUAUGUCCUGUGGAUGAAGUUAGGUGCUGUUCUGAGCAUUAUUUGUGGCUAUAGAGUGGCGCUUUAGUGCGGUCAUUACUAAAGUUGGUGUAACUGGAGAAGCAAGCGGUCGGCAACAUUCAUCUCUUGAGGUGGUGUCUAACUCGGUGUUUCGGUGUGUUCAACACUAACUUUAAUUUACGCCGGAAUAUCCCUUUAAAGAAGUAGCACAUGAACUAGUGAUUCCACCCAGAGCCAGACUGUUUAGGAUGAAACAGACUGUUAUCGUGCACGAGCCCAGAGACCUGAUUAAAGACUGUGCACCUGAGACUUUUUCACAGGAGGGGCAGUGGUCUGUCAUUUUCAAGCUGGGUUGGGUUUAGGGCGGGUGUUUUGAUCUCUAAGGUGACCACAGCUAGCUCACAAGUUAGCCACUUUAUUCCCUCUCCUCCUCCAGGUUUACUGUUUUUGCCUCAAUGGCCCCAUUAUGUCAUCGCAGUAUACGAUGUAAAGAUGGUUUAUGUAGCGUUGGUUUGAUGCCAUCACUAUAGUGUUCAUUUUAUCCUGUUCUUCCAUUUUGGUUGGUCUCAUCUCAAACAAAAUAAAAGGAUCCUGUCAUCUGUUGGAAAAACUUCCCGGUAGUUUUUGUUUUUUCGUUCUUUCCAGUCUUCCUCUGGCUGUAUGCUUUUGUCAUUAGCUCAGAUUUCCUGACUGUUUUCCUUGCUGAAGUCUGGGAAGUAGGUGGGCUGUCUGCACACGGAGAAAUUUAACAACAUCAGGUUAUUUUCAGUCGCUGUUCUUCAAUCCUACUCCUUAAAACUUCCGCCUCGCUCUGACCUCCUUUUCUUACACUUUUGGCAUCAUCUUUGAGAAGAUAUCUCACCGUUUCCACCUCUCUUUGUGCUCUUCCAGACCAUGGCGGAGUACAGCUCUCUGCUCAGCGACCUGUCUGAAAACAUCACCAACGAAGACUUGGAGCAGCUCAAGUCGGCCUGCAAGGAGGACAUCCCAGAGGACCAGAGCAACAACAUCACCUCAUCCAAGGAGUGGUUCAGCUACCUGGAGAAGAACGACAAGCUGGCUCAAGGUACGGUUGAGGGAAAAGCUUUGGCAUGGCCCUUUAAAUACUGCUAAAAAAAAGAGGGCACUGAUUUCAGUCUUCUUACCAAACUUGUUCUUCCAGAUAAUCUUUCAUACAUCGAGCACAUCUUUGAGAUUUCACGGCGACCGGACCUUCUGACGAGGGUGAUCGAGUAUCGCACCACCGUGCUGAAGAUCUCCGAGGACGACGAGAUCGACACCAAGCUCACACGUAUCCCCUCCGCCAAGAAAUACAAAGGUAACGCAUUUAUAUAUGAGUGCGCUUAAAUAACAUGCUUAUAGUCUGAUCAUCUCUGGAUCUUUGCCUCGUCUGCAAUAAAGGAGCAAAAUCCUCAUUUUCUGUCAAGUGUAAAUAAAGACUGAAAAGCCAAUAACUCGUCAAAAGGCCGGCUUGUUUUAAAGGACAGGCCGCGUUGUAAUAAAAUGUUCUUUGUCCGUCUCCUCCGGCCCGUUCUUCGCUGCAGUUAUUGGUCUAUAACUCUGUUGUGAAGCACAGGGGAAAUUCAGCCUGCAGCUGGUAGAAGCCGAAAUGAAAUAAAAACACAGGUGCAACAACCGCGUUAUAAAAAAGAAAGACGGCUUCAUUUCCUCGACUAUUACAGCUGAUGAAAAGUCUGUCUGGCUCAGUUUUGUGCAGGAGGGACUGAUUUUUAUGACAGAAGCUUCGUCGUUCACGUCAGUCAUUCUAUCAAAGGUCGUUGGAUUUGAUAUUACUUGGAUUUUCUAAGCCGUCAAUAUUCUGUCACUGACAUCCAUCUUAUUAAAGUCAGUGGGAGUGCUCUCAAUGUGUGGCGCACGGUAGUUUUUGAACACCUGUAACCACCAUGAAAGGUUGGGUCUCUGCAGCAAAUAUUCAUCAUGUGUAAUUUUGCUGCUUUUAACAAUUUGACUAUUUCCUACCUACACAAGAACAAGAUAUACGUGGUAUCACCGAAAUCAAAGCAUAUGAAAAGGUCAUUAAAGGAGUUUAACUUAAAGCCCCUGUGAGGAACUUUAGGUUUGGGCCACUUUGGCGCCCCUUGUGGACAAAAUUAAAACUCUUAUGUUCUGUAAAUGUAAAAGAUGUGCUGUGAGACAAAAACUCAUCUUAUUAUCUUUAAUAAGUUAAAGGGAUAUUCUGGGGUCAAAGUUAAUUUGGGGUCAAACACACCAUAACACCGAGUUAGACACCCAGACUACAGCGGGGUUUCACAGCUCAAGGAAGAACAUUUAUGAUCAUUUCUUUAUCAUUUCCUUUUAGUAAUAAUCAUCAUACUUAUCAUUUUGCACUGAAGUUCCAUGAAGUAAUGAUCAUAAAUGUUCUUCCUUGAGCUGCGAAACCCCACUGUAGUCUGUAAUGGACUGGCUUGAAGUCUCGCUACAAACAAGCGUCCGCUGGAAGAAAGUAGGUGAGGUCCAUCAAACUACAAAACAAGGACCUGAUGUUGCCCCACACUGCAAAAACUCUGAUCCUUGCUUAAACAACCUGAAUAGAAGACACAAUGACUGGACACACCCAAAUCAAAACAUUAUUUAGGCCUAUGCAGAGCCUGGAUAGCUCAGUCGGUAGAGCAUCAGACUUUUAAUCUGAGGGUCCAGGGUUCAAGUCCCUGUUCAGGCAAGGUCGAUCUUUAGUAGGUAAAAGCUUUAAACAAAAGCAGCAGCUCAGUACAUGACAUUAAAUUGUAUAAACCGUAAGUACUUACACGACCUAGAACUUGGAAUAGCUGCUAGUCGUACCAGCUCACUUUCCUGGCGCCAAACCCCAGAAUGCUAAUCCAUGUGCUAGCUAGUUUUUAAGUUCUGUUUUUGAGUAUUUUGUCUUUUUUUAGUACUAUGGCUAGGACCCUAUAUGUCCUGUUGAUGAAGUUAGGUGCUGUUCUGAGCAUUAUUUGUGUCUCUAGAGUGGUGUUUUGGUUUAAGUUUGUUUAUGGCUCCCAGACCACUGUGUAUUGCUAUCGUGUGGUCGUUACUAAAGUUGGUAUAACUAGAGUAAAAAACAAAAAAAAGUGCAUUUUAAGCUUCUUUAACAAAUGUAAGUUGAGGUUUUUGUUUGCCUCCUUCUCAUCUUUUUCUUUCUCUGCCUUUUUUUUUUCUCCUUAGACAUCAUCCGCCAGCCCUCCGAGGAUGAGAUCAUCAAACUGGCCCCUCCCCCUAAAAAAGUGUGAGGCCACACCCCCCAGCCCUGAUCUUUGCACCUUGAUUUCUUCACUCCUGGCACUCCAAUCAACCGACCGACCAACCGUUUCUGACCGACCCCAUCACUCCCUCGGCUCACACACACACCUCACACAAACACACACACACAUAAACACACACACCCAUCCACACCACACUCCUUGCACUGACCGGAACCAUGCAGGCGACUACCUACAAAGCAACCAAUCAGAUCGUAGCGACGCAGUCUCUUACUCAAGCUGAUGGGAGACAGGAAGUUGAGGGAAAAGAGACAGUAGAAGAAGAAGAAGAAGAGGAAGUGUGGCGACGGAGCGACAGAGUUUGUGUGUGAGAGAGCCAAAGUGUGCCCCGGAUUCAACGGCCGAGUGGGUCAGUUCAGAAUAAGUGUUAUCUGUAAACACUGUUCAAUCUGUGAUGCUGUGUUUUUGUGUUAGUGUGUGUGUAUGAGUGUGUGUUACAGUUCAAACAUUUACCCACGACACGUUUAAGACCCGCCUCCGAACUUUAACUGAAACGGCGAGCUCUAAAGCUGCUAGCUAACGGAAACAACGUCGCCGUGUUUCGUUUCUACUUCGAAUACUGACAGUUAUUGUGUUUAAAACUGACGAAGUGAAGAUUUAAUCUGAAACGUGACAUUUAUUCAAACGGAACUUGAUGAAAAAUAACAAAACUCCACAUCGCUGAAGUCUGAUCCAAUUCUCAUACAUGUGACUGAUUUAUUUUUAUAUAAGGGGGCGUGUAAAAAAAAAUAAGGAAAAUAGUUUCUACGAGCUCUUCUGGUAACUAAAAAGAAGGUAUACGCCAUGUUCGUGUCCAUCUCAAAAGUCAAAUCAUUUAUUUUUGAAUGAAAAUUAAAUCAACGAUAUACUGAUUAUGAUUAAACGUUUCUACUUUUACCCGAUGUCUAGUCUAGUACCAAGCUAAACCAGCGGGUAGUUUUUAGCGUACAAACACGAGCAUGGCGUCGAUCUUCUUCUUCUUCAGGUCAAAAAGACAAAACGAUUCGCCAAAUUGUUCAACAACAACAGGAUUGUCAGUUUUUCCUCAGUGAGAGGUUCUCUCAAGUGUUCCUUUUACUCUUACGCAGACGACAAUGUGAUGUUUAAGUAGGAUAAAAAAGAAGUUAUUGUUUUCGGAGGAUAUUUAAAGUCAGUUUUAUUCACAACGCGAGACAAGAUUCGUCUGAAACUGAAAAAUCACAACAUGUUAAAAGAAUCUGUUUAGAAACAUUACACACAAAUUAACACGAAGCCUGUUAAAUGAGCUGUAAAUAUACAAAUUAUAUGUAAUACAGGAAAAUUUAGCAUCGAUAACUUAUUUACCUGCUUCGUUCAAAUUCACGAUUUUUUUCUCAAUUUUAUCCGAUCUUAAACUUCUGUCUGACAUACAGGUAAAUUAAAUAUACCGAGCCUUUAAAUAAAUCCACUUUGGACUGUAUUAAAGAAUAUAAAAGUAUAUUUUAGAAAGCAUAUUGGAUAUUAUAUUUAGUGCGUGUAAACGUCUUGUCAAGUUAAGAGACUCUAAACUUUCUUUUCUAAACCUUUUUGUUGCCGUUUUAUUUGGUUUACAGAAAAAAAAACUGACCGCUUUGAUUUCGGAAAAAAAGGGCCUCUCGAUGAAAAAAAAAGUUUGAAGUCGAGGAAAGAAGAAGGAAAAUGUCAGACGAUAUUAAACAUGUCCUUAAAUAAUCCUAACUUUGGGUCGAUUGUGUCAAAGAUCUGUGAACGACCCGCCGACUAUGCCAUUCCCGCCAUGCACCAACAUAAAAGCUAGCAAGACUGUUGAAACUAAACUAUCUAAACCUGCUACGGUAUUUUAACACUGUGUCUCUUUAUCGGCCGCGCUGAAGCCUUAGAAGACUUUCUGUUGACCCCCAAAUUUUACUAAACUGUGAGAAACGAGACGGAGCGAAGUCAGGCGCCUUCGCACACACCGAGGCGAUCAAAACUCUUAAUUUCUUGAGUGGGUGAUGCUUUUAUUCUGAAAUUUGGGGAGGAGUUGAACAGAAUGUCUGCGGUUCCAGUUACGCGCCUGAUCUUUGUCGUGAUCUACGCAAAUUUGACCAACGUUGUAAAAAACGAUCGAUGUACGACUAACUCAUUUCCUUAAAUCCUGCUACCUCCCCUCCCCCGCCGCGCCACCAACCCAACCCCAGUGCCAACGACCAAGACUUUUAUUUUGUUAACAGACUCUGUGAUCUGUUUCUAUUGUUUUCUUUUGUAUUGCUCGCCGUAUAUUGUAGUGUUGGACUGAUUUGUAUCCUAUGCAUUUGUGUUUGUAGGAAAAACUGCUCUGUAACAUAUCCUCACGACAAAAUCACGUAAUCAAAAAAAACAACAACAUACUCUUAUAUCGUAAACGCAGGGUGUUUCACGAGAUUCUUGUUUUGAAUCUGCAUGACUGAUAUUCAGGGUGGGGUGGCGCUUGAAUAGAGGACGUUCAAGUGUAAGAAGAGAAAACAAAUGUUUGACCAACUAUACUGUACAACUCCCAAUCUACUCUUUUGCAAGCCAAGUCUUCAGAUAAUCAUUCAAGAGACCUUUAAUGCCUGCAACUUAAUGGUGACUUAUGCUAGUUUACAAACAGCGGACAUGUUUCUUUGCAUAAAACAUUGUUAAUCUGGGCUGGAUUGGGCUUUAAAGGGCGCUGUUAAAGGAAUAGUCCACCCAAAAGUACUUCAACACUUUAAGAUCUGGUAUCUCGUCAACUGUUGCCAUGAGGCUCGGUGCGCACAUCCACGCUCAUAAGGGGAGGGUGUCCGGUUGGGUUUCAUAGUUGAGUGUCAGUCAAUGAGAACUGUUGAUUAUGGCUCUGUUGUGAGAGCUCCCUGCCCUUCCACCAAUGCCAAAGCCCCGGUAGAGCACACUUACCUCCCCCUUCGUGUGCGUAUAUGAAAAGCCAAGGCAGGUAGAGCAGCAGCAAAGACCCUCAAGGUACAAAACAGUGCAGCCAUCAUCUGCAACGCUAUUGUUUCUCUUUAAACCAGACAGAGCAGGAAAAGGAGAAGCUGGAGUGGAGGUUGGGAAGACCAUCGAUCGCCACACUUAACGGGCAAAUGCCACAGGAUCCGGAACGCAAGGCCUCUAUUUUUGCCGGAUGCCACAGCACGGCGCAUCAAUUCGGUGCGUGGAAGUUGUAUGCAGUUACAGAGUAAAAUAUCCGGUUAAUUUGCAAAAUAAAAUGAAGUCAAUACAUUGAACUGUUCUUAAUUGAUAACAGGAGAGGCCGGGGUUGUGGAAUGUGGGUGUUUAUAUACACCAAGAUCGUCGGAUCUCUUCUAUGACUACCGGGGACACAUGCAAGAGCUGGUGAGAUCUCGUCCAGUUUGGCGAGAAAUAUUGGUAAUCUUGCGAGCACUUGUCCUCAGAUGGCAGCGGCGGAUCCGAUCCAGUGGUUGGUAUAUGCUUGCGGAUCUGAUCCGCCCGCCUGCCAGUCCGGAGACGUUCCGGAUCUAGUGGGAUGCCCGGGUUACGCAGCUUAUCCGACGUUUAAAACCACCAGUAACGCAUGCAAAUAUUGUCUUCAUUUUGGCCGUAACACGCCUGGAGAGAGUUUUCCUGAAGCUUGGGAAGGGUAAAAGGACUCAGGACUCGAGAUUUAAUAACAGUUAGCUUAAAACCAUGCAUAUUUGCUAGCUAACUUUAGCUGUGCUUCAUUGUGACUCCAGUUUCUUCUUUUGGUUUUACACUCAAACUGUGUUCCUUAGAUUCCUGGAACAAAGGGCUACUUUUAAACUCAGUGUAUUUAAGAAAAACAUAAACGUUGAGUCCCAAAAUAAAUGAGAAUGCAAAUAUUUAGUUUAAACGCAACACUAAUCCGCGUAUUCAAAGUCAUACCACAAAACCAGAUCUGAGGCUCCUCUCUUUACAUUUAUGAUACAUGACAGAGUUUGAGUACUUUUGGGUGGAUUUCCAUUUAGCGUCCAGAGCCCAUGUGAGGCCUGACCCCAAGAGAAGCGGUUGCUGCCCUCCUGUAGCUGGAGAGCGGGGGGCUGGCGUAGUUUGUCGUACGGCAGGAGGCGGCUAUACUUACUGCUAUGACCUGUGGGUAACGGUCUUUCCCAGUGUUUAAAUGGAUGUGAUACGACUGUAGAUUUCCAGUGAGGAGCUUUGGAAACGAACCAAAAGGCAGGCUUUUCUUUCCAGAUUUACGCAUGAGUUUCUGUUCUUGUGAAAAUAUUCAGCAGAGGAGGAUUCGGGCCAUCGUAUUUUACUUUUACUUUUGUUUUUAUUUAAAGUGCUUUUUUUUAUUAGCAGCUCGUGAAUUUAGACGUUUGUGACCGAGUGACUUUCUUUUUUUUUCUCUCUCGCUCUCGGCAUUUCAGUAGGCAAUGGACUCUUGUUAGCAAUUUCGUGGUAGUUUGUCAGUCGCUAGUUUGUCCAUAAAAGCUCAGUAAAUAUCAAAAAAUAAACCAAGAUCUAAGUGUGUGAUGGUCAGCAGCUGUGCCCCUUCCCAUUUUUUUUCAUCUUUUCACACCUUUUUCGUGUUUUCUUCUCCUUCGUCAAAUUCGCCGUCAUACCCGAGUCAGAACCCCUUUAAUUUCAUCACCGGGCGGAUAUUGUUGGUGUUUUACUCUGUAGCCAAUCGGCACUUAAUAUAUCUACAUAUCAGUCAUAAAUGAUGUCAAAUUUGGAUUUCCAGACGCCGAGUACAUAUCAAUCAUUUUGAAUGCUGCAAAAGAAUAAACCUACUAAAAUAAUUUAUACGUAUUUACGGUGAUUGAACCAAAACAUGCGGAUAGGUGAACCACAAAAUGAAGGAAUGUGUGAAGAAAUGUACGUAAUAAUCAGUUCAAAAUUCAUCUAAACAGAGUAUCAUUUUCCCUUGAGAAUAAGACUGUGUUUUGGUUUCGUUUUUAUUCAUUUUGUUAGGUUGUAAAUAUGUAUUUUGAAUAUAUAUCACUGUGUUUGUUUUGAAAAUGAUUAAUUUAUUUAAUGCUUAUAUAAAAAAAUGUUGAUUUUAUGUGUCCUGAUCUUGUUUUACUAACUGGAAACAAAUCAUGGGGAUGAAAAUGUGUUGCUUAUUCAGUACCAAGCAUACCAUGCAUUAACACUUUUGUAACUCAUGUUACUCUUUCCUCUUUUAUGUUUCCCUGUUUUGGCUUUGGGUGAUGGUUUUCUGAGAAAAAAACAAACAAACAAAAAAACAAAGUGAUAUUCAUUUCAUUGUAUUUACUGAAACGUAACAUGUUCUGUUCUACUGUGUUGUACUUGAUCAGAUGUGUCGUGGUCACUGCUCGUAAAAAUGAUUUUAUUCAGAGGUUUCAAAUCAUGACAAAAGAUCCGAGAAGUCACGAAUUUAUAAGAGAAAUGUUGCGACAGAAGCGACGUGGUCUUAAAGUGUGAAGCUAGGCCACGGUAAAGUUCUCCCAUGGGAUCUGUAGCUGGGUUUGAAAGACAAGGAUUCAUUUUGCAAUCACUAAAAAAAAAGAGUGAAAAAUAAAUGAAAUCAGCACAAAAAGGGCGACGGACAAAAGUGAUCUGAACAAUAAGUCAUGCUAGUUUUGUCCAGCAGCCCUCAGUGUGAAAUAAAAAGAUACACGCUGAUAAAAUAAUCUAACCAUGAAUAAAUAGUGUAAAAUUAGGAUAGGGGCAAAUAGCUAGCAUAGCUAGCCAGUUAGCUUCUGUUAGCUAGAGCAAAAAAUUUUGUAAUUCUUACUGAAUCAGCUAGCUUUGGACGGUAAAAACUAGCAAAUCCACACUUUUAACGUAUUUUUUACUAUGCUAUGUGACACGUUUCCAACUUGCAUAAGCCAAUUGCUAACAAAAAGCUGACAAGCUUGUUAGCGUGCUUACUUAAGGAAGCUUAUAUGUUGAGAUAGACAAAAAAAAUGUAUGUUACUUUAAUGUGAACUGUUUUAUUGUCAUCGUUAGCUUGUAGUCAGUUAAAACAGUUACUUCAGCGCUAGUUUUGCUCCGGCUAACAGAAGCUAGCUAGCUGAAUUUGGUGAGCAUGCUAGCUUACGGAGGACAUGUUUUUGGCUUAUCACCUAUUUUUGAUUAAAAGGAUUAAGCUGAACAUUAUUUUAUUUAUACUAGUUUAAAAGUUACAUUUUUGAUCACUUACUCAGUGUUUUCACGGUAUUAGUCUGUCUUAUUUCUAACAUACAGAUUAUUCAGUAAAGGCUUCAUCGCAUCAUUUUGAAUUUUUUCAUUUUAAAAGGAGAUAGUGAAUGGCUGAAGGUUGUAUGAAAAAGUGAAAGACAAAAAGGUGUGUGCGUUCAUGCUGGUUUGAGUGGUGUGAGUAGUGAAGACAGGGUUAGGCGGUUUUAGCUGUUUCAGAUAAAACGUAGUGGCGUGAACAGAGAGAAAAUCGUAGGUUUUUAGUCGGGGGAAAAAUCUGUCGCAUUUGCAUUUAGUCCGUUUUAUUUUGAAUGUGGCAAGUAUUGCACAAGAAAGCUGAAAACUGUGAGAUGCAUUUAACGGUGACGGGGUGUGCUGAUGUUGGAAAUGCUGAAUGUCAAGGCGGUUACACGGCGCACGAAGUUGUGCGGCAGCGAUUUUUCGGAUUAACCACGCAGGGAGCGUCCGUCACAUCCAUUCAGGCGCUCCUAAAUAUUGUGCACAAGCUUAUUAACUGAACAUACUUUUCCUAAGAGCUGCACAGAGGAAGAAAAAAGAGUUUAAUUUUGAAGAAUAAAGUUUACAUUAAAGCACGAAAACGCACCGUGGGUGAAAGUGCCAACUUGAUCCGGUUGCAAGCUGCUGAGGGGAAAAGACUUGAAAGUCAUGCCAUGCUUGACAUUUACUCAUCAUGUUUGUAUGGAACAAUCUUUAAAAAAGUCACGUUAAUGUCUGUGGCUAGCUCAGUGAGUUUUUUUAAGUGUGUGCAGUAGUAGACAAUAAAGGCUAUUUCGCAGUGUUGUGUUCGCGACGCUAGCUAACCUGGUGUUUGUGACUUUAAGGCUGAAAAACAUUCCUGUGGUGCGGUUUAUGUUAUAGAGGCGUCCAGCAAGAAAACAGAAACAGAGUCGGAUAAACAAGACGUUACGCAAAAGUGUCUGACUGCACUCGAAGAGAUAAUGUUUUGUUACUAUUAAAAUUGUUUCGUUAGCGUUAGCCGCGUUCAGUGCUAGCGGGAAGACCUGAAGCUAACGAAAACACUACAGCCGUGAGCGUAACAGAUCGAGAGUUUAUUUCCCUGUAAGUUGCUGUGUGUGUCACCGCCUCGUGAAUCAGUCUAUGCGCCGUUUGCUCCGCUGGUUAUUUUGUAAUGUGCUUCGUUUUUCAAUGGUGUUGCAAGUGACGGGUGUGCCGAUUCGCAAUCCAUCUCGUCAGUUACGACUACGGCAGAUGUGGUCAUUUAUAUUCAUGCCUGCGGGAUAGCGCACACGGAUGAAUUCGGUUUGAGACAAUAAAGUUAUAAUUCUUUUACAGAUACAAGCGGACAGACGAGGUUUGGGAGGGUUCGGAGAGAAUCAUUACAUCCAUUUUUACAUUUUUCAGCUCACAAUACGACCCUGUUAGACGCCAUGGGCUCAGUGCUGUUAGAAACUUUUGCUAACGUUUUUCUCUCAUGGGGUGAGAAGUACUACAGGAUUUAUUUAACAAUGACUGCAACAAAAUAUGACAUGAGGUAUUAUUCAAAACAAUAUAAAGGUGUGGCUUUUUGUCAUGAUUUAAAUGAGACUGAACUGAAAAUAUGCCAUUUUGUCAUUGUGCUAAAAUGAAUAUAAAUAUUAUAUAUUAAAAUAUAUUUGCUAACCUA